GCCGGAAGUACGCUAUGUAACGGUUCUAUCUUGACAGACAGCUGCAGCUCGUGUUUGGAUAUGCAUAUACCGGCAGGUUACCACCCCUCCUCUUAGCUGAGAAUGAACAGGUCUCAAAAGAGCCCAUCGUGACCCCCCACACCCCUCCAUUCACGACUUUAUGGAGUUUAACCAAAUAAACAUGCAGACCGAUGACUGUGACCCGGACAGGCCCGCUCAUCCACGGAUUUUCCUAACCGACGAAGCCGGGAAGAGCGACCGCGCGCGGGCGGUAGACUUCCCGGUGUCUGUGGUUCUCCCCGCCGGAGGAACCGGAGAGAGAACCGGGCUGCAGACACCGAAACAGUUCUGCACGUUUCUCGGUCGGCCUCUUAUAAGCUACACCGUCCAGGCUUUCGAGAGGUAGGAAGAAAGUGACUUUUAAAAAGACUAAAAUGUCAUGAUAUGUGUCAGUAAAGGAGUGUAUUGAUGAACACAGUGAGUACUUCCAGCUCCUCACUGUGAGUGUGUGUAGGAUGCUCAUUCAAGUAGGGGAGACCAGGGUUGGUUGUCACAGUACUUUCUCCACACUAGGGAACUGUGUCACUGUUUCCCUGCUUAUUUCUAUGGGGCUGAUUUUUAAAUGUACAAAUAAGGUGAUGGGUAAUUUGUUUUAAAGUGGUCCUCAAAGGGAUAUUCCAGUGUAAAACUAAUUUAGGGUCAAACACACCAUAACACACAGUUAGACACCCCCCCGGGAGAUGAAUGUUGCCGACCGCUUUCUUCUCUAUCUAUACCAACUUUAGUAACAACCGCACGAUAGCAAUACACAGCAGUCUGAGGAGCCAUAAACAAACCUCAACCAAAACGCCACUCUAUAGCCACAAAUAAUACUCAGAACAGCACAUAACUUAAUCAACAGUACAUGUAGGGUCCUAGCCACCAAAUAUCAUUUUAACUUUGCCUUAUUUCUUUAGCAAAGAGACUAAACACAACUCACCUACUCUCCUCCAGCAGCCGCUUGUUUGUAGUGAGACCUCAGGCCAGUCCAUUACGGACUACAGCGGAGUGAAGCAGCUCAAGGAAGAACAUUUUCUUUAUCAUUUCCUUGAAGUAAUAAUCACCAUGAUCUAACUCAGUGUCACAGUGUGUUUGAUCCUAAAUUAAUUUUAUGCCGUAAUAUCCCUUUAAAGGAAUCUUAAAUCACCUCUGUCAUUAAAAAACUAGCAAUGUUAUCUUGACUGAAUCUGGUUCUCUCAUGACAAAACAGACAUUCCUGAGCAGCUGCUGUGUUCUUGCAGGGUGUCAUGGAUCCAGAGCAUUGUGGUCGUCGUUGCCAAAGAAAACAUGGACCUGAUGACGGACAUCAUCCAGCGUUUCCAGCACAAGAAAGUUAGAGUGGUGCCAGGCGGGUCGACUCGUCACAGAUCCAUAUGUAACGGGGUCCUGGCACUAGGAGGAGAGGGAGAGGGGGAGACGGCAGCCAUAGACAGACCAAAGGUGGUCAUCAUCCAUGAUGCAGUGCGGCCUUUUGUGGAGGAGGACUUUCUGUACAAGAUCGCCAUGGCUGCCAAGGAACAAGGGGUGAGUUUAAUUCAGAUAAAAGUGGUUAUUACGAUAAAAUGGGGAUUUUCUUGUUGACUUAACUCCACCAAAUCUAUCAACCCUAAUCCGUAACAUUAUGACCACCUGCCUGAUAUGAUGCAGGCCUCCUUUCAUCAGUUCAGUCCAAAUCAGUCCUGACCCAUUAAGACCUUGACUCCACAAGACCUUUUAAGGUGUGUUGUGGUAUCUGGCACCAGGAUAUCUAUUGAUCCGUUAGUCCUGGAUGUUGCAAGGUGGAAUCUUUUUAGGUUGGACUUGGACCGACAAGAGCUGCAGUUUUACCUCUUAUCAAAGCUGCUCACACCUGCAUGCGAGCCUGAUGAACAAGAUAAUUAUUGUUCAUCACUUUACGUGUCAGUCCUCAUAUCCUGAAAACUGUGUAAAGACCAGAGUCCUUGUAGUGGCUGUAUCUAAGGAUAAUAAGAUGCUUGUUUUUGCAAUAGAAUAAACCAGUCAGAGUGAUUCAGUCAUUUGUAAAUGGGGCUUUUGCUCUGCAAGCGUUCGAGUCAUCCUGCCCGGUCGGCCUGGUUUCCAAGACUUAAAACUUAAAAAUGGAAAAAGUAAAAGUGAUUUCCAAAGCUCCACUUUAUACUUAUGACAUUAAGAUGUUUAUAGUUUUUAUUGUUUUGUUUCUGGUAACAAAUAAAGUCAGUAAUGUGUGUGUUUUUUUUAAAAGGACUGCAGAUCAUAAUCCUCUCACUAAUAGAGGGAACAGCUUAAAAAAAAGCCAGUUUCUCAUCCAGGAAAGUGAGUUUAUUAAAUCUAGCUCAUCCCGUCCUUUUCAGAGUCCCAUCACAGCACAGACUGUUAACAGAUCCAUCACAGUCAGCUUUCACCUGCUUGGAUGACAGGUUCCCAAAAGCAGAAUGUGACUAAUGUGUGUGUGGCCUGCGGUUCCCUCUUUACCGUGCAGUGUGAACGAAAACAAAUGCUUAAAAUAAAACACAGUCAAGUUUUCCGUUCUGUUUCAGGCCAGAGUCGACAAACACUUCUUUCUCUUUUCCCCUUUGCACACCAGCUCUGUCCAUCUUUUCAUAAACUGUUUAUCAAACUGACAGAUCCCUCGCUCCUGGUGUUCGCGUUUAUUUGAUCAGAGAUUGAUGGAAAACAUUCAGGCUGAAGUCACAGCUGCCGCGACAGAAACAGUCUCCGCUGAAUGGAUGCGGGUCGCACAGGUCGUGAAAGAAGCAAGAGCUUCCUGACGUGAGGCCAGCGUUUAUGAAGUAGUGGGUGUGUGUGUUUGCUUCGUGAUGAACUCUCACAGCAGGCGGUCUGGUCUUCAUUAUCCUGCGGGUAUCCACGGUCACGGCAGAAGGCCUGUCUGUUCGAAGAGGCAGCAGAUAAUUUAGAUCCUAAUAGCAUGUGUAACACGCAGGACAUAUGUUUGCUUUCCUUUUAUUUCCAACACGCUCACUCAGAUUUGUGGAUUUAUUAGUAAUCUGUGUACGACUCAGUGCAAUUUCUCUCCUUAAAAUCAUGCAAAGACCCUAUAAAAUCAAAAAAAGUUGAACUCAAGCUGCAGUUGUUUGCUUUUUUAACAUCAUCAUGCAGUCCUUAUUUAUGUGUCAUGGCUCUGCUUGUUGUUAUGACUCUUUAAGGCUAAUAAAACACAGCAGAGUUUAAUAGUUUUCAUCUACAUUCGACAUCCAGCGUGAAAAGAAAUGUCACCAUUUGGCGCGGACUGUAACAACGGCGCUGGUUUCAGUGUCAGCCAGUGGACAAGUUCCCCAGCUGCCAGUAAGGACAUUUUCUUGCAACAACAAACAGCAAACCGUGAAUGUGACACUCUGAUUUAUGAACUCGCCAGCAACUCUGUUUUCUCUUAUUCCGUCAUUUUUUCUCUCUGUGUUGUAAAACUGUUUCUUGCAAUGGUUUCCUGUCCUUGACUUUGAGUGCAUUGAAGCACAUUUAUACAGAAAAACAUCAAGUUACUGUGUGGCAAUUUAGGCUAUGAAUCGUGUCCUGUAUUGACUCUUUGGGCAUCUGCAUUCACUCAUUUAACCCAUUUAAACCAGGACAGAUUGUACACAUCUCAACCUUCCAAUCCGGGAGUGCGGCUGCGCAUUUCUUCCCAGAAAGCCGGGUGCAUGAACGCAUUUCUACCAAUAUAGUUCGGUCCAGGGUUGUCCCGAUACAACUUUUUGACUUCUGAUACGAUACCGUUAUUGUAGCCUUCAGUAUUUACUGAUAUUGAUCCAAUAUUGGCACAAACUUGUUCAUGACAAGUUUUGCACUCAGCUGCAAUGUCUUUUUUGGACUUAUACCAAAAAUGCUGCCACACAGCUGACAUCACUCCUACUCCUUGCCACUUUGUUAGUACCUUUGUACACACUGUUGUUGUGAUUUUGUGGGCUCAGCUAGCAAAGGUAGAUUGUUGUCAGAUUUUGUGGAAAAACAUGCUAUAAAAAAAGUAAAUGAACUGUUUCAUCAGCAGCUAAUAAAAGACGUAAUCCUGAAUCCUGUUUUUCUCUCAUACAGGCAGCUGGAGCUAUCCGCCCACUUGUUUCCACGGUGAUCGCCACCACUGCGGAGGGUUACCUGGAUCACUCUCUGGAGCGAGCCAAGUACAGAGCCAGCGAGAUGCCCCAGGGGUUCACAUUUGAUGUCAUCUAUCAAGCCUAUCAGAGGGUAACUUCUUAGUGUGUUUUUUAGAUGUCACUCGCACAAAAAAAAGAAUAUCGGAUUAUAUCAGCCUGCAUCUAAAAUCUCCGAUAUCAGCAGUCUGAUACAAGCAGUCCAUUCCAGACUCCACUCCGGCACCUCUAUCUAGCAGCACCCUGAUCCACCAUGCAGAGUCCACGUGAUCACAACAAGAGUGUGUACUAAGGCACUAACAAAGUAGCAAGGAGCAGGAGUGAUGUCGGCUGUGUGGCAGCAUUUUUUGUAUAAGUCCAAAAAUGACAUGGCAGUUUGGUGCAAAACUUGUCAUGGACAAGUUUGUGCCAAUAUCGGAUCAAUAUCGGUAUCGGCCGAUACUGAACACUAUCGGUACUGUAUCAGAAGUAAAAAAGGUGUAUCAGGACACCCCUAGUAUGCCAGAAAACCAGAACCGUUCUAAUUUCAAAUGAUUAUAAACUAAUUUAAACAUAUACUAUUAUAUUUGAUUGAGUCUCUUGAGUGUUGCUAAAUUCUACGUGCUGCACCUUUAAAACAAGAUGCUGCAAAACAGCAGAGAAGAGACCUGCCUGAAGAAACGUGGCUGCACUCUUGACUCCUUUGCACACUUUCAGGGUUCAUCAGGAGCUCAUGCAACCCACAGAGAGAUAUCCACACUGGUCACAUUUGUCAGAGUCACACCUAACAUGACAGGAUGGAAAGAUCUCGUCCUGCAGGAGAGCGCUGCAUACUUUAAAGGUUGAAUAACAGCCCAGAAAAAUCUCUCAAAUCUUAAAAAACGACAGUCAGAUUGAGAUUUAUGCUCUAAAAAAUUACAGCACUUAGAUGACAAAAGACUUUCUGAUUCUCAUACAUCAUAACAGGCGCUCAUUGUUCAGCUGAUGUGCCAGAACCUGCAGGCUGUGGCCGCGAGGAGCCGGUGGCAUGGGUGCUAUCACUUUCACUCAGCCUCUGCGGCGUCUGGGAAAGAAAUGACACGUUAAUAUAUUCUGCCGCUCCGCUGCGGAUUAUUCUGUGGAACAAAAGUGAACAAAAGCCCCGCUGGAAAAUGGUGAAGGAGCGUUGACAUAGCAUGGCACAUUUAGGUGGAUGCAGAUUAACAGUCGGAGCAGCUGAGUGCUUUUUAAUAUGCACACCUGAAAGAUGGAAAGAUUUCUUCAAGUGUGCGAGUCUUUAAGACCUGGCAGGAUCGUCUUAGUCACACUAACGGGGAAUCUGAGCUGAAGUUAUUGACUGUAUUUAUUUUUCAGCCACUCUCAACUUUGACUCCAUCAGACAGGCCCUCAGAUCGCCAGGUUUUCUGAAGGACACGCAAAACUUUGAGCUAAGCGCGGAAAUAUUCCUCCAGUUGGAGCCCUGUUUGUCUGCAGUUAUUUUUAUUCCUGGCACCGAUGAACCCUCAGAUUGCUCCGAGAGCCCUGCUUGGCUUUCCUGUUGGCCUUUCAGAAAAUGAGCUCACAUUUAUGCGGCGGUGUCAGGGCCAGUUAAGUCGCAAAAAAAAAUUAGGACAAACUUGGGAGGUCGCUGGAGAAGGAGAAGGUUGGGGUUGUGUCCCCCUCUCUCCUCCUGUUGUUCUCCUCCUCUUCUCCAGCCUUUCAAAAGAUUGGGAAAGUGUCAGGUUAGCACUGUAGGACAUGCUCGUGAAAAAUCUCUUGAGAGCUGCACAUUUGUAGCCUGACAUGCAUUGAGAGCAGAAGAACUUAGGGCUGAAAAGACAAAAGGGGGAGACACUUUAUCCAGUCCCCUGUGGAAGCUUUUGUACCGGGAGAAAACGCUGAAGGUUGAAUUACCUCAGAGCGAGAGAGAGCGCGUUUCUGCUGUAAUUUCUCUCUAAUGUUCAGGGUCCUUGAAUAAAAGACCCGCACCUCUUUUAUAGGUUGAUAAAAUAUUACCCAGGUAUAAUCUCAGGUAGCAGCAGGUCGUCUUUGUAGUCCGGAGUGUUUUUAACUCACAUGAGCUCAUCGCCUUCACCCAAAACUUCAUGUGAUCGACACAAACAGAGUUUUCCCAGCUUAGAGUCAGAGGAGAGAAAUCGUUUGAAACUGCAGUUGGAUGAAGUCCAGAAAAGGUUUCCCCUCGGGAACGAAAAAUGUGUCUAAUCCUCCUUUAGAGAGAGAGAGAAGGUGCCUUUUUGAAAACUUUUUUUACUAAUGCAACUCUGAUUUUGUAUUUUGUGAUGUAUAAAAAAGGUAAUUGAUAUGUAGAAAUUUCUAAACAAUGUGCGCAUGCGUCUACUGGAGCAAGCAUUAAACAACACCCUUAAUUCUUUGAGAUGGGGGGGAAUCACAGACUGUAGAGCGUGAUAUGUUUAAUUAGGGCUGGGCAAUAAACUGAAAAUUUACCAAUACCAAAAUUUAUGAUAAUAACCGACGUCAUUUUACCCAUGUGGUGUCAAAAUAAAUAAAUAAAUAAAUAAAAAAUGGUUUCGGAUGCGUGUAGGUAGGCUAUGGUCUCAUGUCCAUUUAAGAUGCCGUUCAACGUCGCAGACGUGACUCCACUCCAUCCAGUCGUAACAAAGAGGGAAAGACAGAUGAGGAGAUGGAGGACGGUUCAAAAGUUGUAGCGGCUGAAGUAGACGAAGGUAAUGUGGGAGGGGGUGAGCAGCUUGUGGAGUAGUUAUCGUCCAUUUAUCGUUAUCGAGGUGAACUGAUCAAUAUAUCGUGAUAUAGAUUUGAGGCCGUAUCGCCCAGCCCUAUCCAAGGCAGUUCAUUACUUAUUUUCAUCCCUCCCAAGGCAAUGGUUGAAGUUCCAUGUAAUGUUUUCUUCCCACAUCCAUCAGACUUUUUAAAUUCUUCUCCAAAUAGUAGAUAAGAUGUGAACUGCUCAAUAUAUGGUUAUAUUGAAUGUAGCCCGAUGUUUAAUAACUCUGAGUAGAAUAGAGGUAUCCUUGUAGACCUAUCCGAACUAGAAGCCUGCCGUCUUUGCACACGCUCAAUGCUGUAAAUAAAAAUUUUCCAAUUAUGUCAGAGUCUCUCCAAACUUUUUUAUAACACACUAACACACCAUCCAAACCUUGAAUACAGACACCGACUCUGACCGUGUUCUUGUCUUCUGUAAAAGUCUAAAAGUCACCUUAGAUGCUUCUCUUGUAACUGGUGUCGGUACUUUUUAAAGCUCUUCAGCAGGAAGACUUCAACACUCAACAGUGAGCAGCAUCUUUCUGCCUUGUUUUCUUCUCCUCCUUAAGCUGAACUAAAAUCUACCUAUUGCUGUUUCAGAGCUGCAGCAUCGCUGACAUCUUCCUCCACUUUCAGGAACAUCAUCAUCGGAUGUUUAACUUGUUGAUGCUCCAUCAGAUAUGAAGUUAUACGACCUCUGUCCUCUGAGUGUGGCUCAUGUUUGGUGUUGAAGUUCAGUGGAGUUCUUUAACAUCCAGUAAACACAAGAUCUUCACGAACAGCUUUUACCAUGAGCGUUUACAUGCUCGUCACGUUUGCCCUCUUUUGAAAUCAGUCCAGAUCUGAAAAGCUCAUUAAGACUCCUGAUUUCUCUUGGCUCCGUUUUCGUGUACUCUGGGUUGGUCUGUGCUUUUCUGUCAGGACAGGUUUGUCUCCAGUUUGUUGCCUAACCUUCAGCUAUUAAUUUCUCUUUGAAAAGGAUAAUCAAUAGAUUUUUUGCAGACCUGGACCUUCAACCUUUUUGCUGAAUUUUCAGCCGCAGUCACGCAUGUUUUUGUGUAACAGCAAACAGAUUCACGAAAGCUGUUUCUUUAAAGCAGAUACAAGCGUCAGAUGUGUUUUUGUUGCAUUUCCUUUAAGUUAGAUCCCAUGUAAUGAAGUAAACAUGAAACAGCUGUAAACAAAAACAUGCGCUACAAUAUUGAUUUUCUCUUUUUGCAAGUGCAUGAAAAACAGCAUGUGCAUCAUCCCCAGUUUGACAACAGAGCCCUUCAAAUCUUUCACAACAUUAUGGGAAAAAUUGCUGCUGACCAGAUGAAACCAGAGUUCCUAAUUUAGAAAGAUGAGAGCUUUGCAGGGCCAAGAUUUCAUCAGCCAACGAAAACAUGAUCAUCUGAAGUGUCUGCUGAAAAAUGUGGUGACGGCAGCAUCACGAGCUUGUGUCUCAGCUCUGAUCACGGUUCAGACGCUGUUAUAAAUGCAUCAGAUACUCUGGUGAAAUACUCGCUGAUAGUUGAGGAAGAAGAAGAGUCAAAGAGACAACUGUGUGUUGGUCAGAACUGAAUCAUCUCAGGAAUGCCUGGAUAGAAGGAGACUCUUCUCCGACACGUGGUAAAUCAGAGCGUCCACAGCAGGCCCGACUAACUCUGAAAACAAAAACAAACUCUUUCGGGAAAAAGUGCAAAGACGGUUCUUAACUUCAGUUUUCCGACAUCGCUUCAUGCCAGAAUGAACAUUAAAGCUUUUAUUAUUCCACACCGUGCGGACAUUUUCGGCCCCUUGUGAAGGAGCUGAAGGAUGUCCAUGUUUGGAUUCCCAUCAGUCCUCUGAAAGCUUCGCUGUUGAGCUAAAACACAAACAACCACUGGCCAGAAAUCUGUGAGAUUUGUUUUGGAUAUUCAUGAUCCCCAGAGGAUGAUUCCUGUCAAGUUUAAGUGACACUAAUCUGCUCUAGUCUGGACAGACUAUUCCAUUUUGACAACGUUUUGGCGCAGAGAUCACUCAACUCUCCGGUUCUCAUGAUUUUUUCUGAAUAUCGUAGAUCCCACGUUUGAAGUUCUGCUCCUAAACCUUUCUUUUCUCUGUUGGGACACUUGUUUUUUUAUCUCGAGCACGUCUGUGUUUGAUUAUUUUGACAUUACAUCCCCUUAAAAGUCUCAAAUCUGCAUUAAUUUGCACUUUAAAGUGAAGCUUUUAACCUUAAACCUCUACUUUGUUCAGAAUGACUUUGCACUUUGUCGAAGUGCAUCCAGUGUGAUGGACUUUCCUCUCCGCUGUGUCCCUUUCUGCAGUGCACCGAGUCCGACUUUGAGUUUGGCACCGAGUGUCUCCAUCUGGCUCUCCAGUACUGUGGCACCAACGCCAAGCUCAUCCAGGGACCGCCAACGCUGUGGAAGGUGAGCUCGCCAGAGGCCUAGUUUGGGUUUAAGGUUGUGGAUUCGGUGACAUUCUGACUCCUGCAGCGCUUUGCCAGCAGCAGAUUUAUCAUAUGGGCACAGAGAGAGCUCAUCAGCUGGAAAUGAGGUUGGCUGGCAAAUAAGAAGCACAAAUAUAUUGAAUGUGACAUCCAGGAUUAGCGUGUAGAAGCUUUUCUAGAUGUUCGGUACUUAACCCUGCGUCAGAUUGUGUAACUUGGGUUCACCUAAAUUACCGAAUGCCUCUUUUUUUCAGUCAGAUGAAGUAUUAUCUUUCCAUAAAGAUGGCUGUGGUUUGGUUCUGUCUCCACCCCGAGGGACUGAAUCUGGAAAGAAUUUGAUUUGUUUGUUCAAAGACUUCAAGAACGACCUUUAGUCAACGUUUGACUCGUCUGUCAGAGACAAUGCCUCAGUAACCCGACCUUUUGCUUACGAUACAUAAAUCCAGCGUGUCUCUUUAUUUAUGAGCAAAUAAGUUAAUGAAGGUUUUUUUUUUUUUAAAGCAAAGCUCAUUCUGGACCAGACAGGUUCCUGGAUCUUUGGAGCCACAGGAAUUAAAUGUCCCUUUUCUUGUGUGAGUUUGCUGUUUUCGUCUCACGGCCGCCUAAAAACUGUCAAAUGAUAGACUAAAGAAUUAAAGCUGCACUGCAGAGUAAAAGUCUUUUACAGGAAUAUUCAGGGUUCGUUUAUUUGUUUUUUUUUUUAACUAGAGCUCCACAGCAUUUGCACUAAACAUAAAAAAUUAUAAAAUUAUUUUAUGUUUUUCACCUUAAGUUCCCAUGAUGUUUGUGACGUGGGCUGAAAUUGAUAAUGGUGCGUUUCAUUUACGUCAGGAGUCGGAAGUUGGAGCUGGGAAUGAUGUCACACCAGAGUUAUCAGUGUUUCAGUUACAAAGUCGGAAAAAAGUAGCCAAUGGCCAAACAGAAGUGGAGACAAGAUGCUAACAUCUUGAGAAAAUUUUUCUCCCAGGCGGAGGAAAUUUUUUUCUCUAAAAUCCCAACUCAAACAUGCAGAAGACAAGAUAAGCUACGACUGGUCUGUCCACAGGGGGCGCCAAAAUUGGCACAAAUCAGAAGUUCCUUACAGGAGCUUUAAUGCCACCUUUCUCAGAUGGAGGAUUGGGUAUUAUGGCUUUGGAUUUGAUGAAGUCGAAUGAAGCUUUUGACAGUUUAUGAAUAACCUCAGAUUAAUUGAUAACGCUAAAUAGACAAGAGCUGCUUGAUUAUUUUGAACUUUUAUUUUUAAAGUACUCUAAAAGUAAGAAGAAACUUAGAAAACAGUUAAAAUUGCAGAAUUUGUUUAACAUGGAUAAAUAAAGGAUCACAAAUCUGCAGGUAAAUUAUGUCAAAUUGUUAUGAUGAUUGUGUUUUAGCUGAGUUAGCACCACUGGUCCUCCCUGUUUGCUGAAGUCAAGUUAACCAAAGUUUAUGGACAACUUUGUCAAGAUCAAAAUACUGACAAAAAACAUCUUUUACUCAUGCUUGUGUACAUCCCAGACUGAACAUGACUCAGCUUCAGGAAUAAACAGGAGUAACAGGUUAUGUUUUUUUUUCACGUGGAUCCCUUAUAAUCACCAAAACUGUCAAAUGUCUCUGGACUUUUUCUAACUGAUUGAUUCAGAGUCUGUGAUUCUGUCCUGCAGGUGACCUACAAACGGGAUCUGGCUGCUGCAGAGUCCAUUAUCAAAGGUAAGUCUACAACACUGUGCAUUUAACAUACCAUCACUUCCUGUAAAUACCACGCAUCAUUGAUUUUUCAUGUCCCCUGGUACGUAUACACAAAAGAAGAUAAAUGUAGGUAUGUGGGUAUGAAAGGCUGAGAGCUUAAGUCCCCCUCAGACAGGUUAGCGUACGAGUUUUUGUCCCUGUGUGAGCGCCAGGUUCACGUUAAAAAGCUCAGACAGAAAAGCUCCUCCUGUAUUCUCAGAGAGGAGUCCUUUGAAGUGUUGAGUCUGAUAAAUGAGGACUACGGAGAGCAAGUCAGGACAAGAAGGGGACAUCACGAUCAGAAGAGUGCAAACAAACACAGCCACGGAUUUCUCCCAGCACCUGGACCAACAACUACCUGUUUAAUGAUGACAUAAUGAGCGCAGCGAUCAUUCCCAGAGACGCCGAUAUGAAUGAAUUCAUUGUGUGUGUUUUUGAGAAGAAGUGGAAGAAAGUUCUCACAUCUGUCAGUGCGAUGAACUGAUGAGUGUUUGCAGGACCUUAAAGUCUCAAAUUACACUAUCAGAAUUAAAGGUCACAAAGUGUCUGAAAAUGUCUGAAUUUUGGCAGCUAAGAGCAUGUGCAGCAGCAUAGCGUGCACAUAGUCAUGAAAGAGGGCAGGGAGAAGAAGAAGAUGGGGAAAUGCAAAGUCAAGGGUGGAAAACAGGCAGUAAUUGGUGGAGGGAUCUAAUGACUUUGCGACUUGCAAAGAAAACCUUUUACAUAUUACUCCACGCCUGUGUUAGUUGUGGGAUAUUUUAAAUAUCUCUUCACAAAUAACUGUCAAGGGGAUAUAUUAAAAUGUCUGAUGGAUGUGGAAACAAAACAUUACAUGGAACUUCAGCCGUUGCCUUGGGUGGGAUGUAUAUAAGUAAUGAACUCCCUUGGAUAGGGCUGGGCGAUAUGGCCUCAAAUCAAUAUCACAAUAUAUUGAUCAGUUCACUUCGGUAACAAUAAAUAGAUGAUAACUACUCCACAAGCUGCACACCCCCUCCCACAUUAACUUUGUCUACUUCAGCCGCUACAACUUUUGAACCGUCCUCCAUCUCCUCACCUGUCUUUCCCUCUUUGUUACGGACUAGAUGGGGCGGAGUCACGUCUCUGAUGUAGGACAGCGUCUUAAAGGGACAUGAGACUAUGGCCUACCUAAAACAUCCAAAACCAACUUUUAUUUAGUUUUUUUGACACCGAAUAAACUGACAUGGGCAAAAUAACAUUGGUUACUGUCCUAAAUUUUGGUAUCUGUAAAUUUUCGUUUUGUCGCCCAGCCCUACUUAAAAGUUGCAGCUUUCCUGCAACACUUACACUUCAAAAUCUCAGUGGUUAGCUUUAAAUGCACAGUGUGUAGAAAUGGGAACAUAGUCCAGAUUUGCAAUGGAAACGCUCACCCCUACUUUUGAGUGAAGUCCCAGAUAGGACAGUGGAGAGAGCACGAUCACUCUACAGCAAACCUGUACCAAACCAUGUUGAGAGUAAAUCCCUGGUUUGUCUUGGAUGGGUAUUGAUAGUGGGGAGGAAACGCUUAUAAACUCAGGAGGUGUUGACCGGUCAGUUCUCUGCAUUUCUAAGUUCUCAGUCACAUGUUUAACUUUCAGACACUCUGUCGCGGUCGGCCUGUAUUGUCACAGGUGGAUCUGCACAUGCUGCGACUCUGGCUGAUGCUCUCCAGAAGGCUGUCGGCGCUCUCGCUUUGGUAAGUGUGUGACAGUCCCAGCUGAUUAACAUAUUGGUUUUGUUGAUGACAGCUCUUUGAUCCCGCAGGGCUGCGAUUUUGAUUUUCCUGUAUCUUCUCCAUCAUCCUGUUACCUCAAAUCCCCCCACAAACUCGGUGUGAGCUCCACUUGGGUGGCCCGGUGGUGAAAUUCACCAUCUGUGGUCAGGCCUCCGAACAAGCCCGUCAGAGACUAAAGCUCUGCAACUUUUCCUUCUCUUCAUAUUAUCUGUCCGGCCCCCGACCUCCGGCUCUCACUCCCCUGCAUGUAGGAGAGCAGAUGGCAGUCAUAUUUUCUGCUCGGUGGGAGUUUGCUUGAUUAAUUGAGUGUUUCUUGACGGGUUCUUACCGUCCCCCCCUCCCAUCCUCCUACCACUUCUGCACAGCCAGAUUUGAUAGGCGUCCAGUUUCCACCGCAGUUCGAAUCCCUCCCUUUCACUCUUGAUCAUCUUCUGGGCACGUCAAAUUCCCAAGAUACAAACAUCGUCCGUUUAAUUUGUAAAAUUGUUCCUAAUAGACAAUGGAAAACAAUAUCCAUAUGCAAAACAUGUAUGUGAGUGACAGUUUGAAAUAUUCAAUGAGACGGCAGCGACCACAUAGAAGUUCCAUAUGUGAAAGACUCUUUUCUCUCAAUCGCUGUUGGGUCUCCUUAGAGCGAGCCACGUAACCGCUAACUCAUACAACCCUUCGCCUCCUAACUAAGGGAGUAAUUGCCGUCUGUCUGUUUGCCUGUCUUUUGCAUAUCUUGGGAAAUCAUUUUUUCAGAUUUGUUGGUUAAACUGUUGAGUUCCAAACGGAGGGCAGCGUCAUAAAUGUUUGAGGGAAAUACAAGUAAGCAAUCAGCUCAAACUGAACGAACACAAGAAAACACUGGAAUGAGCUGCUCAGCAGAGGUACACCCUCCUGAUGUCGACCUGCUUUAGUAUUCAGACACUUGAUACCAGCACUGAUGAGGAGAACAGGAUAUUAAGCAUCAACAAGUAUGCAAAGUUUUUAUUUGAACUCCAUCAGAACUGAAGAGGCAUCAGUUAAUGAGCUCCGUCAUGCCGUAGAUUCAUGUGGAUCGCUGCUGCGGACAUGGACCUGUCUGCUUUCCAGCUGCUUCAACUACCUGCAUCAGUCUCACCUGUGUCCACCUCCUUCUCUAAACCAGGUGUAGUCUCAGCAGAUGACUAUCUUACAUGAGUCUGGUUCUGCUCGAGGGUUCUACCCGAAGUCAAAGGAAGUUUUUUGAUAAGCGUCUUGCUGUGAACCAGCACUGUUUAAAUAAAGAUUGAUUGACUGAUGCUUUGUCACAGUAGGACACAGUUUUCCAUUUCAUGUUUAGAUUUUAGAUGUCAUAUCAAGUUGAUGAGGUGAGAUUAUUGAAAAGUUAGAGCAUUAAAAUACAGUAAUUUGGUGUGUUUAUUCAAAGUUGUUGUCCAUGUUCGCUAACACAGAGAAGUUAUGUCACUUUCUUCAUGCUGAUAUUUCACGCCCAUCGACUCCCGAUCAUCUCCAGGGUCGACGCCCAGACUGACGGAUAGCUCACACAUGGCUCUGUUUUCUAAAACCUGGUUCUGGGCUCCUCCUCCUCGUGUGCAUUUAUCCUCUGAGUGUGGUUGUUGACAGCUAAAGGGAACAGCAGAACACGCUGCAUUACAAGUUUCCUCAUCCCAUUGUGAUCUACACGGUCCUCUCUCCUUUAAACUCGCUCCAAGUCCUUCAUCAGGUGGUUUCAAGCCCGCGGAUGUCGCUGUCCAGUGCUGGACCGGGCCCCAGAGAUGGGCCGGGGCCGGUGUCGGUCUUUUUAGAAGGGCUGAUUGGAGCCCUUCCCGUCUGUGCUCAGGUGCCCGGUGGGGUUGUAUUUUUCCGGUACGCGUGUUCGGAACUAGAUACAUCCUUUUCAGGGAGUUUGUGAAGGAGGAGGAAAGAAAGAUGAAAGACAAGUUGGAAGAAGCAGAGGAAGAAGAAUUACCUUUGUCCCCGUGCCAUUACUUGUAUCUAAUACAGGGAUCAGAAAGGCUGGGCCGCCUGCGCUUAGCUGAGAGCUGACAGUGUAGUGUUUGUGUGUGCAUGCAUGUGUGUAUUUGUGUGUGCAGGUGGAGGGUUUGGCAGCGACAUGAAGACAAAGUGAUUAAGGGAUUCUCUCUGCAGGAUGUUAUCUGAGCGAUCCGUUUGAGGCCGUUUAAUCCAGACUUUUAGAGAAAACGGAAAAGUUAAGUAGAUUCAAAAUAUUUGCAGAAUAAAUCUUCUUAAAAUGAAACAGUUUGGUCGGAGGUAAAUGUCAACCUCAAUUUAGCCGAAGGAAAAUCACUUAUCUGGUUAAACACUCAAGACCGUUGAAGCUUUUUGUCUCCAUCACUAUUUCACUCUUAUCUCCGGCUACAUUAUUAUGAGUUAUUCUUCAUUUGUGCUUUUGGCUCCACUGAAUCCCAGACAUGUACAUUUUUAACGGGACUCUCGCUUCCCAUCAAUGAAAACUCUCCAUGCUGCUGAUUCUUUUAUCUUGAUGUAUGAUAACAUUUACUUAAAGAGCUCAGAUCACAGUCUAGUCUCAGUCUUAUCUAUCAGACCAGUGAAGGUUUACUAUGAUUAACUUUAACCUUUAAGACAGACUCUCACUUAAACAGACUGUCAGUUAAACAGACUGUCAGUUAACCCCUUUUAUGUUUGUCAGUUUUCUGAUAGUGAGAAGUUAUGGGUUUGAAGCUUGUUAUUCUUCCCGAUCACAGUCAUGACCUUUCAAAACACAGUCAUUGCAUUUACCUUUUGUCCACCGGUUUGUAGCGUCCUAUAGCAGUAGGUGAGACUGAACUAUUUGAUGAGUUGUCGGGCUAAAUUAGUCCCGAGAGUAAGGAUUUUCCUGGAGCAGUGUGAACAUGUGAUUUAUGAAAUCAUCUGGUGUCUUCAUCAGCUCAAAUUCAUUUGUCCAAAACUUAGAUUUAUACGACACAAUACAACAACUUUAUUAAUCCCUUAAAGAUAAAUUUGUUUAUCUGGAAUCUCAUCUCAUCUAAUAUUUAUAGAAGAAUUAAAAAGUCUGAUAAUUGUUGGUACAAAAGAUCGUAUGAAUCUUUCCAUCCUGCAGCAAAGAGAGAGGAGCCGUCCACCACCGUUGUUUAUUUUUUUUGUUCCAUAAGGGUGUUAUGAAGUGGACGCUCCAUGUUUUUUAGAACGGCCUCUACCUUCCUCAGAGCGCAUCUUAUCUUGAGUCUGUAUCCUAGCAACUGCUUCAUGGAAAAUAUCACAUGGAACUUCAGCCGUUGCCUUGGGUGGGAUGUAUAAAAGUAUUGAUCUCCCUUGGAACAUAAUAUGGUUGAAGUGCAACUGCCAACAGUUCAAUAUCCAAACAACACAUCCUCUCCUUGACAGUUAUGUGUGAAGAGUUUCUCCAUCUCUGGUUAACAAAUAAAGUCAGACCCCCUCCACUACUAGCUUUAGCAUCUCUGUCUGAUCUUAUGAGAAAUAGUCUCCUGAACCAAUGACCUUAAACUCCUGUAAACCAUUGGGCCUCGAACCAGAACCAGUACCUUAGGUAUAAUCAGAAACAUAAGAAACCCCUUGUCUGAACAGCACUACAGGUUUUCGGCUACUUGGCCAACACUAGCAUUCUUACACACUGAACCUAGACAGCAGGCUUUAACAUUUUACUGUCAUUUUAAAGUGAUUUUUCAAUGUGUCAAUGAGAUCCAUCUGCACUGAUAUAAAUAACUGGUUAAAGUCCAUGUAAGAAGGCGGCUCACUGCUGUGCUGAGCCCCAUAAACUGAGUAUUUCUUGUGUCCUCAGAGUGGUUUAGUCCUAAAGUCUCCCUGGCUUCUUGGCUCUGGGGCCUCGCCUAAAUUUAAAUAAACAUUCCUACUCUGGGAUUACAUGCCCAACCUGGUUUAGAUCAUGUCAAAUUUCUUAAACCCUGCAAAUCUACAUUUCAGACUGAAAUGAUUUUCCUCCUGAAGCCACGGGCAGUUAUCUUUCAAGACCAGUUAACCCUCUGACAUAUGUUUCCCAUAUCCAUUUCACCUUCCCAAUUACUUUGUGUUAUUUCAAUGGGUACAACAACUGUAUCUGGAUGCCAAACACAGGCUGUGGAUGUUUAUUUCUGUGUUUAUUUCCUGUGUGUGUGAAAUUGUAGUACCAGACUGCAAUUAGGGGCUCAACAACAAAAUGAUUGUCAAACAGACAGGGUGGAUAGAGCGUGCGAUCUGGUUGCCUCAUGUCACUCAUAUGCCAAAACUGGAACAGAAUGGAAAGAUCAGGACCUAAAAUGUCCCAUUUAUCCAGGCAAAAAAAAGCUUUUACGGCUCUUGGCUGCAGUCGGCUUUUGACUCGGUUUGCAGCGUAAUGAAAUUUCAGCUGGCUUGUGUUUGAUAGCUGUCCCCAAAUUUUGCAUAUGACAGAAUUUUCCUGUCGAUCCUGAGGACUUAAGACUCCAAGAGAGUCCAUUUGUCUUAAUAAGCAUCUGAUUACAGUGUAUGGAAACGAGGCUCUCAGCUGCAUACACCUCGAGUGUGUUUAGGUAGUUUAAACCCAUAAAAUCAAUCAGAGCAGGAGAACAGGUGGGCGCACUCACAGUAUGAAUGACUGAUGAAGUGGCUGAAACAAGAACCAGGAGCCUUUUGACAUCACAUGCACACGGACUCUGGCUCUGCAGUUUUUGCUCUCAGUGAUGUCGAUGUAACAAGCAGAACAGAAUAUUUAACGUCGGGAUAUCUCUGUAUCUCUGUCCUACAGGAGCUGGAGGUCAUCCCAGAUCUGAUGGGAGAAAACUCCAGCUAUCUGUUGAAGGAGUGGAACUUCAUCCAAGUUUCUGUAAGUUCCCAUUUUACGCCAAACUUCUAUGAGAUGUAAAAAUAUGUCAAUGUAAAUAUUCAUGAUCACCUCUGGCAAAAAGAGGGUCCAAGUUUUCUGGAAAGCUUGCGGCGUACUUACUAUCUCUCUGAUCAUCAUGGGAAAACUUUUUCUCAUAGGUUAAAUGUUCUUAUCUAGUUUUUCAUUUCCUUGGUCUCCAGGUUGACUCUUCCUGCCUCUCUGAGGUGGAAACUUUACUGAGAGAUUUGGAGGCAGCAAAUCGGGCCCUUCUUCAUCCUCUGGUCGUCAUUUGGGUGAGUUUACACACAAAUACCGUAUUUUUCAGACUAUAAGGUGCACUUAAAAUCCUUAAAUUUUCUCAAAAAUUGACUGUGUGCCUUAUGUAUGAUUAGUUGUUGUGCUUACUGACUGGUUUUAUGUGGUACAAUGCACUCAAAAAAUCUGUCAAAAUGUGUAAGUAUGACUUUGGGAAGCAAUGAAGCCGCCCUGCUCAAUGGAUACUCGGAGCAUGACAGUACACUGUGUUACUAUAGACAUUAUACAUGUAGACGCCUCAUUACGUGCUGGAGCGUAAUCCAGCGUUGCCGCCAUAUUGGAUGGGUCUCCCCACUCCAGGUUUGCUCAAGAGCCAAAUGGGGUCAAUGGAGAACGAGCAACUAUGCCUGUAUUUUCGCACUCUAAGGUUGAAAAACCCGACGCAGUAUUGAAACCAGAUCACGUAGGAUUACAUAUUACAAAUAGGAUUGAAAAAUAAUUUUGGUUAUUUUUAAUGUGUGACAUUCUCCUGUAUCAUGGCUACAUCCCUGCCGUUGUAAAAACCAAACAGCGUAAAAAUCGUGCAGAGAUUCGAAGAGUUAUGAUUAAUAUGGUUGAGCAUUUCUACCUAUCUUAAUGCACUGGAGGUGCAUGGGGGCGUCAGGCUUUGAGGCGUCUACGUAUAUUAUGUUUUUUUAUCAUCAUUGAAAUUUGCUCAAUUUGUGAUGUCAUCAGUUGAUGAAUCUUCACAAAUAGAAAAAGUAAACAUAAACGAUGAAACAGAAAUCCCUCAAGAGUCCAAAUGUAAAUCCAGGUCACAUGGCAGUAUUUGUAGUUUGUCAUGUCAAACAGAAAAACACUGAUGAACUCAGUGACGAUGAUUUUGUAGCAUUGCAACAGUGGAGAAGGCUUCUAGAGAGCCAGCCAAUCGGACGAAAAUAAGGCUGUGAAUUAUAUAAAUGUAGUCCAGAGGUAUCAGAGAGCAAUGUAAAGCCUGAAAGUGAGCGUUCAAUACCAGUGAAGAGAAAUGCCUGUGCAGAGGAGGACAGGAGCUGCUCUAUAAUAACUGCUGAGCAGCUCUGGCUGCAAACUUAACAGGAAAAUUGUUUCUUGAGGUCUGACUUCAGCGUAUCUCUACUUGGACCGUCAGACCUGUGCCAAAAUAAAGCCCCACCACAGAAGCGCGCUGCUGAUUUGGUUCUAUGCUUUUUACCCAGAAAAAUGAAGUGCAGAUGUCACACAACUCAUUCAUUUGAACCUGCUGUGAUUUGUGCAGAGUUUACCCCUCACACUCAGGCUUUAAUGGUGUCAAACUAUUUGAUAUCUAAGUGCAAAAUGUCAUGACAGCCUCCAUGAAGGCUUGAUGUGGUUUAACAGUCUACAGAGCUCACGUCUACUCAGAAGUCUGCGCACAAAGAGCUCCUGCAGGUCUGUGCGCUCUGAAAGUUUAACCAUGUCUCAGUAUCAUUUCCCACACUUUGAAUGAACUCUUCUUUACAUGUUGCUGAAUACAGACAUCUGGCACAGGACGGUUUCAGUUUCUUCCAAGUUCAUGUAAUACACAGUGAGCCAAACCUUUUCUUUUUUUCCCCCCUGCCUGUAAAAACGUCACCUGUAGCCCACCUCAGGUCCCUUGAUGAGCUCUGUGGCUGUUUGGAAACCCUACACCUCCCGGGAGAGCGCUGCAGCUCGGCCUCCCAGUUCACUGUUCAAACAUCGACGUCCGCCACUAACAGAGGAACACUGACCUGAGCUCUCACAGGGAGAAAAACCUUAAACAAACUGAUCAAAUCUACUCCAAGAAACAUUUAAAUAUUUGUGAGAAAGCCCUGUUUACCCUCCUCCGGUUUGGAAAACUGACCUCUGCAGCUAACACACGGAUCAAGUGCCAAAGCGAUGCGGGGUAAUGAGAAAGAAAUAAACCUGCGGAGACCGACAAGUCUCAAUCACUGCAGAUGUCACGCAGCAUUACUACACCGAAGCUUUCAAUAAAGACUGGAGCACAUAAGCAACACACACACACUCAGAGUCGGGGAUUCACACAUGUAAACACAGUGUGAAGCCAGGCUUUGGUGGGAUUGACUCUCUGCCACACCAAAACGAAACCAGAUUCCCACAGCUCCCAGUGUCAGCAUGUCACAUUUUACUCUCUCCUUAUCUACACCACUUCAGUUAUUAUCCUUAUUCCAUUUUCCACGGUUGUUCUUCAUAAUUCCACUUCAGUCUAUUCCACAGUUUUUCUUUUCCUUCCCCAGUAGAUUCUGUGUUUUCUAUUAUUCUUUGUUGAUAUUACUCUAAUUGGAGAGGAGAGGAAUGAUAUUUGACAAAUCCUUGAUAAAAAACAGCAGCUGCAGUCACAGACAGACACAACACGAGAAAAACAACAAGAAACAUAAAAACAAGACAAAGAAAUAUACUAAAAAAUCUGCAGAUGACAGAUUGGAGGAAAAAAAAACUUACCAUUCUUAAUUAAAGAUUUAUGUGCAAAAGUUUAGGAUGUGUGUAAUCAAUUCUUUUAAAACAAUAUUUAAAAAACUAGAAAUAUGAAAAGUCCAAUCAAAUAACAAGUAUAGAUAGUUAAUAGUCACAAAUGUAUGCUUACAUUACAGCUUAUAGGUGAGGAUAUGAUAAAAUACAGUAUAGUACUGUAGUAUACAAUACAAUGUGAUACUGUAUGAUGCAUUAUGAUACAUUAUGACGAGAUGAUUGGAUAUGAUAAAAUACAACUGAAUACAAAACAAUUCAAUAUAAUAAAAUACAAUAUGGUAUGGUACUGUACAAUACAAUAUAAUAUGAUACGGUAUGGUACUGUAUGAUGCAUUAUGAUAUAUUAUGAUAUGAGACGAUACGUUAUGAUAAAAUACAAGCGGAUACAAUAUGGUAUGGUACUGUACAAUACAAUACAAUGCAGUAUGGUACUGUAUGAUGUGUUAUGAUUCAUUAGGAUAUAAGACGAUAAGAUAUGAUAAAAUACGAUUGGAUACAAAACAAUACAAUAUGAUAGGAUACAAUACGGUAUGGUACUGUAUGAUGCGUUAUGGUACGUUAGUGUAUGAGACAGUAUGAAACGAUGGGGUACAAUAUAAAAUAUUGUAUGAUAUGAUACAUUAUGAUACGAUUUGAUAUGAUUUGAUACAAAACAGUGUUGUACGAUACGGUUUGAUGCAGUGCAGUAUGAUACGAUAUGAUGGGAUAAGUUACAAUCUGAUACAAUAGGAUAGGAUAGAAUAUAAAUGAUACAGUACACAACCAUACAAUAUGAUGCAGUAGAAUACAAUUUUAUAUGAUAUGGUAAAUUAUGAGUUAAUAUGAUUCUAUACAAAACAAUCUGAUGCAGUUUAUUGUCCCCUUGGGGAAAUUUGUUUCACACAUUAUUAAAAUUAUUCACUAAAAUCUAAAUCAUUCAAGCAUACAGUACGAAGACACUGAUUGUGUUUCUGUUUUGUGGGUCAGUCAUAGUCGACUUCCAGCUCCUGAAUCUUUUCUUCUCUUGAAUUCUUCACCCUGUAUGAAGUGAUUAAGUAACUGCCGUCUACAGCUACAACAACUUUUCAGCAUAUUCUGUUACUGCAGGUUUGUGUUUUUUGAGAUGGGGUCUUGUCAAAAUCGAACCACUGCUGAGGCUGCACCUCUUGUUUGAGUUUAGGUAUUAACUGAUAUCUGCCCUACUGUUCAAAUACGUUCAUAGUUAGCAGAUGUAUUAAAAGGGGGGAUGGCAUGCACUCAAUGAUGUUGGGACCAGGAAUCGAUCCUAAACUCGUACGCUGGUCUGUUUUACCUGACUGUACUUUAAUCUGUGUUGUAUUGUUCUACAUUUACAUAAUAAAAACACAUACAAGAGGUAAUACUUCCAAACACGGUCAGCUCACUCUCAGUUUGCUGGUUCCUCUCUGUCUGACCUGAUUUCACGGUCACUUUUAGAUGUGUCUGGACUCAUCCCCUUGAGUGUCAUGGUUGUAAAUGAUGAGGUUGGUUUGUGCUCGGAGCCAAAGUUACCCUUUUUCCUCACUUAUUUAGGAGUUUGUUGUUAUUUAUCACAGGUUGAGUCACAUGGCAGUGAUCAGUGAGGGGUAAUCGAGUUUAAAGUGGAGGUGGUAGCCUCUGGGGCAGAGAGCAGACUGAAGGUCACUGUUUCAAACAGUCUGUGGAAAUGAGGUGCCACAGCCUUGAGCGAUGUCUUUCAGAAAGACCCCCCAUGUUGUUCGUAUCACCAGUUUAUUUCCACAAAUAGAAUUAUGGGUCAAAUAUUAGUGCUAACCUUAAGUUGUUGCCUUUCUUUGUCUAAACGGACCAAACAUAAACAUCUUUUCAUGUCUGAUGGCACUGGCUUCCUCCCCCCUGUCACACUGCUGUUGUUCUUCAGGACUACUUUGAGGUGUUGACCUGGCCUCCAAAUCCACGUAAUCUCAAUCCUGAAUCUUCAGGAUGUGCUGCAACAACAAGUCAGAUCCACGCAGACUCGACCUUUAAACUUACAAACUUAAAGGAUCUUUUGUUAAUGUCCUGGUGCCAGGUUCAACAGGACACCUUCAGAGGUCUUGUGGAGUCCAUACCUCAGGUGAUAGGGUCUCUUUUUGAUGCCGUGAACGAUGGAACAUUUAUCAGGUGCUUUCAGCGGGGUGGUUGAUCUAUGUAAAGUUAACAUUAAACUUUACUCAGUCAAAGAAAAAGUUACUGUCGUCCCAUCCUCCUCUACAAACGGAAAAACUCCCUAACUGCAAAUUUCUUUAGUAUUACUUUUAGUUAUUACUUUUUAAUACCUUUACAAAGAACUGUUUGUGAAGAGGCUGAUUGUAGAUCUCUUGUUGUACUGUUUUCGUAGACCAACUCUGUGACUGAAGGUGGAUAUGAAUUCUAGAUAUCAGAGUAGUAACCUUGUUCAUAUGAGGUGUAAAAGGGUAACGGCACUGACCUGAGUAAAAGAGCACAGAUACUACAACAAGCUAAGCAGAAUGAAUGCAUUUUGGCAGAUAUAGACUUAUGCCAAAGAUGCCAGCCUGUUGAGUAUAGUCAGCUAUAAGCAGCAAUAACACCAUUUCAUUAAAAUUAAUACAAAUCAUCACAGAUUCUCAAUAUUUUGAGGGUAUUGGAUCUGGACAGUCUCUGAAACACACUGAUGUUCUCUCUGGGAUAAAAAAAACCCUCGAUUUUGCAGAAACAUUCAAGAGUUUAUCCCUUGAAAGCUGCCGAUCUCACGUAGCGAGUGGAUUUUACAGUAAAUUGCUGCCCACUGAGCAAUAGACGGCUAAUAGACGUCUAAUUUUUUUCAGAUCUAGUUUCUACCGUCUAGAUUCUGUAUAUUUUUACACGGAAUUUAGACGUUGCACCUUAACCUAUUAUUUUAUUACUAUUUAUUUCAAAAAGCCACUGUGAGUUACAUAACUGAUCUCCAAGUACUAAACCAAAAUAAUUAUGAUAGCUGUUGAGUGAUAUAUAGUGUAGGAUAGUAUGGCUGGCUAGUCUAAACUUGGUCUAAAUUUAGACGUCUAAAAAACUUUUAUUUUUAGACCUGUGGUAGUCUGAUUUUAGACUUGUUGUCUAGGCUACAUUUAGACGUCUAUUAGACCAAAAAAUGCUCAGAGGGGGUUUUCAAAGAAACUUCUGGGAAUGGAGCUUUGGACAAGUAUUUAAGUAGGGGUGUUACUGUUGUUUAGUGGAGUUGAAAUAUCAACAUGUACCUCCCUCAGUAUUGCAUCAAACUCAUUUGGGACUUUGAAAGGUUUGCACAUUCAAAGAGACUCAGUUCAGAACAUUGAAGCCAUGCCUCUGUCCUUGUGUCUGUGCACAGUUGGUAUUCUGAAACUCAUUCGCUCACAUUGUCAGCAGAAAUACUUGUAUGGCACCAGCGUUCAGCAGACUGAUGUCUAACACCUGCUAAUGUGCUGAGGUCAUCAAUAUGAAUUUUAGUUUGAUGACAGAAAAGAUUUGAUGGAUUUUUAAGUAUGAGUGUAAUAACUGCAGGCUUUGAGCAGAUGUCUUCACACAUCUGAAGUGAUUCUCCUGACUUUUUUCGCCACUGCCACAGAUUAAGGCUAAAUGACAAAAUAAUUGCAGUGAAUAAAUCAAGAGUAAAAACUCUGUCAGUGAGGCAGUUAUGGAAAUUGGCUUAGCUUUGAAAACUCUUAAGGAUGACAAAGUAAUUGGAAGUCAUGUGUCUGGAUUUUGCUGCCCUAAUUGGAGAAAGCAAGACCCCAGAGGCCGUAUAGAUUUACAACCAGACUCAUAUGUAUUCAGACAUGAGUGUGUAACAACAAACCUCUGUUUACCGUCAGCACAGCAGAGCUCACGCCUCCCAAAUCCUCUCAGCUUAACUUUAAAUAAACAGGCCCGCUGCGUUGCAACAUGUCAAAACGACAGCUCUAACAAUGAGCUGUGAUUGCUCCGAUCACUGCUCUGUAAAAGGAUUCCCACCGUGAGCGAUUUCUAAUGUGUGGCAUGUUUGUUUUGAUAGGUGCGUUUGAGCUCAUCAGACGAGCCGUCCAUCAGCGGGAGAGAGGUUGAGCCAAGUGGAAUCAUGGAGCUGGCCUCUGAAGCCAAGACUCAAAACAUUCUUCUGUAUGGCAUCGAGAUCCACCAGGCUAAGGUAAGAUCCAGUACUGAUGUCAGACAAGGAUGGUAUCAUAGUGGGAUGUGUGCUAGUGGACAAAAAAACCCUCCAGCUUGGGCGAGAGACUUGCUUUGAAUGCCAAUCAAAGGUUUCCUCAAUAAACUGGUGACUCAAACUUUUUGAAGCUUAACGUUGAAAAAACGAAAGAGCUGAUUAUUGACUCUAGAAGAAAAAAGAGGAGGUCCUAACCCUGUUGAUGAAAGGCAAACAGAUUGAAAUCGUUGAGUCCAUUUGGACAAUAAAUUAAACUGGAAAGAAAAUACCCAGACCUCAUUGAAGAAGACUCAUUUUAGACUCUUCGAGGCAGCAUAUCAUCUGACGACAAAAUGAGGAUCAACAAGAUGAUCAAGAGGGCUGGAUUAGUUAUUGGCUUAGUCCCAGAGUCUCAUGAGGCCAUAUUUGAGAGGAGGACCAGGUCUGAAUUAAAAUUAAUCCUAGGCUACAAAGAUCAUCUAUUGCACUUUGUCUUUAAAGAUCUUGAAAGCCCUUUUAGUGAGCAACUUGUGAUGCCUCAGUGCUCCACUGAACGACUGAGAAAGUCUUUUGUUCCGGCAGCAGUGAGAUUUUUUUAACAGUGUAUGUUCAGGUCUGACUUGGCACUGCUGCAUAGUUUGUAGAGGUAUUUAUCUAAGUAUCUAUUCAUCUUUAUCAGGCUUUUGUUGUAUUUAAUCAUGUCCUUAUCUUUCAUUGUACCACUUUAAAAUCAUGUUUCAUUGGUCCUCACUGUGUUUGUUGUGUAUCUGGUGUUGAGUCUGUUUUUCUGAUGUCUCCAUGCUGUUUGUCGUCUGUUUGAGUCUUCUUGUCCUGGUGGUGGAAUAGAAUCCCCCAUGCGGGAUCAAUAAAGUCUACCUUACCUUACCUUAAAUCCCCUUUAAUAGCCAUUUUGCUGGUAUCAUCUUCAAACAUUCACACUAUCGUAUUCUGAUGUUUUAUAAAUAUGCAUAAAGGUGUUGUUAUUGUUUACAUCCAGGUAGUAGAGCUUUAAAGCAUUAGGCAACAGUCCCUGACUUGAGCUGUAUUUCUGAUACUCACAUUUAUGACAAUACUAAUAACCCGUUUAGGCGUCUGGUGCCGACGUGCAUCCCUAUUUCUGAUCCUCUCACACAUACCUUCUUACACUGAUGCUGUGCAAAGUACUCAUCAGGUUAAGAGCUCCUAUUUACAUGCAUUUGCUCACUGCCGCCACUUUGGGGCAGUUUGGGGUUCAGUGUCUUUGGCAGCGUCUUGGACACUUUGGCAUGUGGACGGUUGGAGCUGGGAUCAAACCACUAAUCCCCCUCUGCUUUGAGAAGCAUCUGACCUUACCACUGAGCCACAGCUGCCUUUUCUGUGCAGAUUUUUUAUUUAUUUUUUUAAACAUUUCCUACACUCAUUUCUUUUGUAAUUCCUCCCUCUCAGCGCUGUGCUUUGGAUGCAGAAUAUUAAAGACAGGCCAAACAAAACAGGACAACAGGGCAGGAAAUGCCUCGUCCCACUGUCUUGUCAUAUAUCUAUGCUCGAGGCAACACGACUGUCUUCUGUCUCAUAAUUUAUGUGUGUGUGUUCAAGCGCUUUUGGACGGGUCUUUAUUUCACGUGCGAGUGAGAUUGUGUGAUUAAGAGGAUGUCAACUUUUCACCUUCCGCCAUGUGCUUUGUGCCGUGUUGUUUCAACUGAAUCCAGAAAGAUGAAAAGGAUGCGAGGCCGCUUUUAGGUCUGAGACAGCGCGUAGCGUAACUGCAGCAUGUGUAGACCAAACCUCCGAAAGGUUUUUGAGAGGCCCGCCAAGUGUGCACACUGGAGCCACACCGGUGGAUGUGGUUGACCUGAAAUCUGUGGCUGAACGUUCAGUUAUUGCAGGAUUAUAUAAGGACAAAUCACUCACACAGUGCAGCGAGAAAUGGCAGGAUUCGUGCUACCUAAGCCGCCAAACCAAUUCACAACUUUUGCAGCAGAUGUGCAGGGCAAACCUAAGCUGAAUGUUGAAUAUUCAUGGCGUCUUUGGGCUUAAAUAUGACAUCCAUCAUGAUUUAUGUUCCUGUCUGGCAGCAGCAGGGUGAUAAAUUGACUUUCUUGGCAGUUGCGGCGCUAAACAAAUCAAUUGUAAAAGCCUCUGAGCCUCAGGCAAAGGGAUGUUUGAACAGGAUGGGUUUAUUCUCUCCUGCAAAGAAAACGAUGAGCUGGAGGAGGAAGAGGCCCGCUCUCCUGCGGUCGGCCAUUUGACAUCCAGCGUCGAGCCUUGGCGUCACAGUGCUGCCCUAAUUAAAACGAGGUGCUUUGUAUCCCUGAUAGUGAAGCAUGAGAGUCUCUGCCGGUCCACAUAUGAGUUUGAUUCUGCUAUCGGAUGUUGGACAUCAUGGUCUUCCUCCGAGUUAUGGAGACUAAUGUCGUUAAUUAGUCAUCCUGCCUUAACUCCUCAGAGACACCAGAGAGGAGGGAGGAAGGGAGUGGACGCGGAUAAUGCGUGUUGCAGCAUGAUAAAAUGCUUAUCGUUAUGAGAUAGUGGAACAGCAGAGUACGGGCCUGUAUAAAUCACUGUUAGCUUUUUGUUAUAAUGAAGAUAAUUCUCUCCAGAUGGCGGUAUUCAUACUUGUCGUGAAGCCUGCCAACACUUCCUCUGUCAGCGCUGCAGUCGAUGUGAAUACGCCUCGCAAAUUCGGAGUUUGUUUUAUUUCUUCCGCUUUAAUAAAGAAGAUCUGACGCCGGGCAAUAACGCACACACGGGGAGGAAUUUCAGGCAAUCAGUUUGAUUAGUGUAAGAUCCUUUUUUCUUUCUCUUUGUUUUUUUUUACCCACAUUUUGUUUUCGUUCUUUGUUGUUUGACUUAAAACAUGAAAAACUCCCAAAUGAAAACCACAAAUGUCUGUGAUUAUGUGCAGUAACAGAGUACCAGGCUCAACGUAGGAUUAUUGCUUUAAAGUUCAACAUUUUUAACACUCAGAGGAGAUCUUUCAUCUCUGUCACAUGGAGGCUGACUUGUUUUCCCGCAACUAAACAGUCUGGAUCACAUUUUCUGUGGAACUAAAAGUCUAUUUUCCUCCUUAAAAGCCUGAAACAUCACAUUUGACCAUGACAUUGGACAGCAAUAAAAAGGUUUCUUAGUGCUCACUGAUAUGACAGCUUAUAAUCAGCUUAUAAUCGAUGUUUAUCCAUUUGAAUGCUGCUGUGUGGAUCUAUCUGUGCUUAGACUUUCCCCUCUGUCUAAAACAGCCUCGGUUCAAUCGUUGGCUCUCCACGCAAAGCAGUUAAUGGUUUGUAUCAAGUUUUAUGGUUUCUGUCUUUUGGAGAAGACUUAAUCAUGUUGUCAAACUUCCAACAAGCAUAAAAAAGGUAAUAGCUUUGUAAUUUAAGUGACCUGUCAGAGCAGGUGUUCCCAGACUAAACCCAACAGACUCCACCUGUCGGCUUAAUGCAAACCAAACGAUGGAAAAUACUCAAAAAUCAAAACUUAAUUCACUAUCAGUGUGGGAUCUGAGCUGUUUUCAGGAACUGAGCUGGUCCCAGAGUGAGUGACAGGCCCAACAGGUUUUCAACAUCCAGUCUUUUUUCAAUCCAUGGCCUGCUACUUGCAUGAGGCCCAGUUUUUGAGGACCCCUGUCAUAUCUACGCCUUCUCUCUUGAGGUGUGCCAUUGUAAACAGAGCAAUGAAUGAGCAACAACAAAGCCGGUCUUGUCUAAAUCAACCUCACCACCUAAGAAGAAGCUUCUUUUUUGGCUGCUCUGACUUGAACUCUGGUGCUGACUGACAGUUAAGUUGGCUGAACUACUUUUGAACUAGAUGCCGGUACAACAUCCUGUACCACAUCCACGUGUGAUUGAUUCUUCGGUUGACAGAAAUUCCAGCAGCCUGGCACAGCAAAGGCUUGAGGCUGGCCAAGGACUCUGAAACUGAACUUGUAACCGGACACACGCUUUUACGGACUGUGAUUGUGUGUAAUACCUAUAAUUAUUUUUGACUCUUCCUUGCAAAACUGAUGAAGUCGAUUGUUUCUCAUCAUCGUAUUUUGGAAGUUUCUUUUAAGAUGAGACGUUGCAUGAAAGUUUUGCUCAAUAUGUGACGUCACUAAUUGGUGAAUCUCCUUAAAAGAUCAUAAUGAAUGUUGAUGUGCUCUGUUCUUUGUUGCUUUGUUUGGGAUUAUCCCCGAUAAUAAAGUAAGAAAGUGGAUUUAUGGAAGACAAUGUGAAAAUAAAGAAUUUUUGACAGAAGUUAAAAUACGGGUUUCAAAGACAUCAGGAUGGUGGGAUAACUUUGUAUGGCAACAGUGGAGGAGGCCUUCAGAGAUAAAGUAAACUUUUGAGAGAUGGUGCUGAAAUGGAAACUAAAGUAAGGGUUUCCAAACACAACCAGAGUGUUGGGAUGAUUUUGUCUGGCAACAGUGGAGGAGGCUUCUGGAGUGCUAGUCCAGUUGAAAGAAAGUAAGCUCAUGAGAAAUGGUGCUGAAAUGAAGCCUGUCAGACAGAGGCUGAAAUAAGGGCUUUUAAAGUUACCAGAAUGUUGGGAAAAUUUUUUUAUGGCAACAGCGGAGGAGGCUUCCAGAGCACUGGCUAGUUAACAGAGGGUGACUUUAUAAGUGACAGUGCUGAAAUGAAGCAUGUCUGAUUGUAUAAAUAAGGGCUUUCAGAUACGAAUAUAUGUUGGGACAACUUUGUUUGGCAACAUCGAAAGAGGCUUCCGGAGAUCCAGCCAAUUAAAAGUCAGGGGGCUCAUGAGAGAUGGUGCUAAAAUGGAGCAUUUCAGACAGAAGGUUUUCAGAGACAACCAGUAUGUUGUUACAACCUUGCAUUACAAUAGUGAAGGAGGCUUUCUUAGAGCUGGCCAGUAAGAAAGUGGAUUUAUGGAAGACAAUGUGAAAAUAAAGAAUUUUUGACAGACGUUAAAAUACGGGUUUCAAAGACAUCAGGAUGGUGGGACAACUUUGUAUGGCAACAGUGGAGGAGGCCUUCAGAGAUAAAAUAAACUCAUGAGAGAUGGUGCUGAAAUGGUACAUGUCAGACAGAAACUAAAGUAAGGGUUUCCAAAGACAACAGUGGAGGAGGCUUCUGGAGUGCUAGUCCAGUUGAAAGAAAGUAAGCUCAUGAGAAAUGGUGCUGAAAGGAAGCCUGUCAGACAGAGGCUGAAAUAAGAGCUUUUAAAGUUACCAAAUUUUAUAUGGCAACAGCGGAGGAGGCUUUCAGAGAGCUGUCCAGGAAAUCUAGGAUGUUGAUUGGACUUGAACCUCUACAAUACUUUCCCAGUCUUUCUGACCAGCUAAAAUGCUACACCAGCACUUAAAGCACUCAUCACAUUCACCUGAGUACACCACAUCCAUACUUUGAUAGCAGUUGGUGCUUUAGUAGGCUUACUGAUGGGUGUUUUAGCAUGUGGCUGCUGGAACAAGGAUGGAAACCUUACAUUUGAGAGACAAACAACUGUACCUUUGAGCUACUGCAGCUCAGUUUAGAUAAUAUAAGUAUUUUAAUCUGUAAAACCAAUAAACGGGUAUUAGGAACACAAUAUAAAGCCUGAAAUGAGCGUAAGUCCCCCUCUAAUUAGUUGUUGAGUGUCCAGCAAACUGUGAAAGGAAAACAUGACUUAGUAAACAUCAUUACUGUUCUCAGUUUAAACAUGGUGUUAGUGUUGCUUUGUGUCAGGACGCAUCUGAUGAAAGCUGCAAAUAGCAUUUGUGAAGUCCGGGAGGGUUACUUCUCGACAUUUAACCACGAUUUUCAGAGAAGCAUUACUGAGACAUGCUGCUUGUUGACAGUUCUUGAUCCCUAAAGUCAGAGCUGCGUGACGAUGGAAAUAAAUAUUUUGAACCCAGAAAACAAAUACAAGUUUUGUUCAUGAACUAAACCAAUACUUUUCAAAUUCUUCUGGCGUUCGUUCCGACGUUAAUUCAGUUCCAGUUUGAGAGUUCAGAAAUAGAGAGUUUUGACUUUUUCUCAUGUCUUUGUGGUACAAUAAUCCAAAACCUGACUAAGACAAUCCACCCCCAAAUUGAGAGUCUUUUUGGAGUCCCUUCCUCCCGUAAUGAUUACAUCCUUAGAUUCUGACAUGACUCGUUGUUUUCAGCUCAUCACCACAGAGAACAGCAUUUCUCUGCAGACCGUUUUAGGGUCCCUCGCCUCUCUUCAUGUAUCACCCUGAUAAAUUAUUAGACACACCCACUAAUGUGGAAAAAUACAACCGCCUGACUAAUUAAAUUCCAAUCUUUUCCAUUCGAAACGCAUGAAAACAGAGAGUUGGAAAAUAAUCCACCUCAUUGAAAUUACGUCCUUCGGGGUAGAAGUUUAUUUCUCAAAUGGAGCUUGACUGGGCUUUCACACCCAACUGCACAAUGCUCCCUGCAGUUUGUCACCAUGUGUGCCACCUCGUUUCACAUCAAGAGUGAAAGGAGUCACGGACAAUGAACCGCGGUCUCUCUGAGAGGACAUGUGAUCAAAGCACUUCUUUUGAGUCUUUCUCCGUUUGUGUUGUUGCCUCUCUGAAGAUGCCCACAAGCCAAGCAUCGGGUGCAAUAAUGUGUGAAAACCUCAAACUGAUCUAAAGAUGUUGGCUGAGAGCACGCAGACACCGGAUCCUCAUAAACUGACACGAUGUUGUGAAAACGGUGACGGUAUACGCUAUCAGUGUCUGCAGUGGCGAUAGGAAGUGUCAUUGGAUCCCUCCUCGCACAGGGUCCUGGCGACUUGUCAUCCGCUGAAAAGGGAGUUGUCACGGUGAUAUAUGGGUGUUGUAAUCCCUGCAGUGAGAGCCCUGAUGUUUACCCAACCCCAUAUUUCCUCCUCCUCAAAGAGCCCGGACCGGGAAUCCUAAACCUGAGAAGAGAUUAGCUGGCCAGGAAGAAAAGAGGAGCAGAGAAAGGAGAGGAGGGAGGGGAGAAAGGAAGAAAAGGAGAGGGCUCUAUAGGUCUAUUCUCCUCUACCUGUUCAGAUCCAGGUCUGAAAGGCAGACAGGUGAAACUGUACACGGCCCACAGAAGCUCUUGCUGUGACACUCGUGGAGUUGUACCCUCACCGGGGUCAAGGGAGAUCAGGGAGGACUGUCGUCUCUGUGGUUUCAGCACACUCCUGACCUUUCUCAGGCUAAAUCCAACUAAAUCUGCUGAAUAAAUGAGCGGUCUUAGAGGCGAGCAGCGCGUAUUACAAGAAGAGACAGGGGCAGGAGGUCUUUGGCGUCUCAAUGGAAUCAGCCAAGACAUUAGGAAACCGCCGCGAUGCCACAGAAAUCACCAAAUGCUUAAAGAAAAGGUUUAGUUAUUGAAUUUCCUGACGUCUUUAAUCAGUUCACGAAUGUCAGAGAAACACUUGAUUAAUCUUUAUUACAAGCACACUCCCAAAAAGUUUCUGACACUUGGUAAAAACUUGACAAAAACUUGAUGUUAGUCCACUCCUCCAAAACCUGUAAAAAGAAAGGUCACUUUUUAAAGGAUCAGACCACCUGAACGUUUUCUAUCUAGUCCACCUGAAACGGGCUUUGGAAAGUCAGGUCAUACCCAAAGUCCUUAAGCCGUAUUGAUGUUCAUACAGAUUUUGGCCCUGCUGGUGGCUCUGGUUGGUGUUUGCCAAAGCCAGUAAAAUCAUGUCAGUGCCACGAUAGGAAAUUGAAGUGUACAGGCUGUUUUACCCACUUGAAACCAAAGUGGUGGACAAACCGACUGACACAGUCGUCACCGAUGCGAGAAUGAGCGAGGCUAAAGGGACCGUUAAGCGAGCCAAAGUAUAUAAAGUCAUAAACAAUCAGGUUUCAGUGAGAAGUUCCAUUACUGAAAUCUGCUCCUCCAGUUAAUCCCCUUCAAACCAAUGACACACUCCCGGAGAAUUUCGUGAAAUGAAGCGCCAAGGGAAAAUGAUUUCUCCAGAGGUCUUUGUCCGCACUUCUUUUCCCUCACAGUACAUUUGUUAGGCCACAUACGAGGAGGCUUGUCCUGUUCGAGUCCAAGACGGCAAGCAGAUGAAACCCAAGAUAGCCAACAGAGGCUCCUCCUGUCACACCUUUGAGUUCGGAUCUCAGAGAGGUCAGGGAAGAUCAGGGAUUGCUGAUUUCUUCUCGAGAAUGAAAGAGCGGUUCUUUAUUUUCUUUGUUUUCAUCACGCAAGUUUCUCAAAAAGAAGAGCCGUCUUCAUCACAAGAUCGAUUUGAUUACGUAAUUGCAAUCAUUGGCCUUCUUGGCGUAUCUCAUCUAAGUAGAAAUCUGAAGUAAAGAGAGAAACACCCUGUUAAUAUCGGUUCCCUGUUUUAACAUUUUUGAAUAAACAAAACAGAAAUUAAUCAGAAUUUAGCUGAAAGCAGCACAGAAAAGAUGGUCGGCCCUUUCCAAAGCCGGUUUGAGUUACCCUGACUGUGUCUCUAAAGUGCUGACAGAUCUGCUGAUCCACGUCUCGAAACGUCAGAAUCAAACCCAAAUACCUACUCUGCCCAUUCUCGCAGUUUUCCCCUGCUGUUUGCUGAAGUCCUCAUCACUGUCCUGACAAUUUGUCUUAAAACUUUACUGAAGACCGACCCUGGAAAUAUGGAUGAAAGCUCUUGGCUCUCUCGCCGGAAUCCUGACGUCUCCAUACAGACAGAAGCUCGGGAUUUGCUCCCCUCCUUAGUGAUGUAUUUGUAGAGUGUCAGGGUCAGAUCCUCAGAGAAACUCGCACGGCCACAACAUGUGCAGGAUAUCAAGCUUGAUCCUCUGUGCCGAGAACGCUCCAGAUGUGUGUCGGUAUGUGUGAAACUUGACCGCCGGAGUUUGGCUGCAGGAAUUAGACAUACCGAAGCCGUGUUUACUCAGCUUUGAUUUUCUAGAUUAAAAAGAGCAGCGAGCGCUCUGUUCGGGGCUGACGUGACGUGAUGCAAGCUCGGACAGAUAAUUUAGAGAUGAGAUUCCAAGACAGAAUUAGUGUUGCAAACAGACGGCAUGUUCUUAUGGAGGAUUAAUGCGAGCCAGCUCUUCACAAUUAGUUUGUAAACAUUCAAUCACUCAGAGUAAAGGAAAACAUGCCUGUAUGUUUGUUUUGCCACUUGGUUUCGAACCGUUCCUGACCACCCACGGUAGUCCUGGUUUGAGUUUUCUUGCCGCUCUUCAUACUUGUCGUUGGGAGGCUUGGCUCUGCAGGGAUUAUGCUUUCAUUUAACAGGUCUCAUCAAAGAUUGUUUUCGUGGCACUCACCUUCCUGCCUUCCUGCUGGGCGAGUGCUUUUAUUUGCAGGGACCUCUCCGUGCACUUGUUUGUCUGGCUGGGUGUGGUGGGAAAAAAAAAAAGCUUCAGAAUAGCACACAGUGUGUUCAGACCAGAGAAAAUACCAGCAGACUGCCCAAAUACUGAUAAAAAUCUACUCCCAGAGUCACUUUUGCAAACUAUGAAUACGAAAAGGGGUAUGUGCCUCUGCCUGCUCCAGGGGUCAGGAACUUUCCUGUGGAAAGAUCCACUUUACCCUCUGAAAACUACAGGGAGCCACAAAGCGUGUUAAAACCUUUCAGUGAAGGUUAAAAAGCCUCAACAUAAGUAACAGACCUUCAUAUGUUUUCAUUUUAGUCAUAUGAUUACUUCAACCUGCUGUUUCCAUCAUUAUCACAUUUUAUUUUGGAAAAAUAUAAACACAGUCGAGUAAACGGUUCACAUUUUUUUCUUAUUUUUGACAAAACACAGAACGGAACAUUUGCGGGAAAAUAAUCCACAGGAGUGCGUUCUUGAGACGAGCUUAAUGAAGAACUGCGAGCGAACUGAGUUCCUGUUUGUGCAGAAAAUCAACCACAGAUAGUCAUAAAAAGUCAACUUUUUUUAAUAUUUAAUCAAAUAAAAACUGUAAUUUACCACCUUGAUAAUUAAACAGGGCGGGGAAAUCCUCUUCUUUGUCUUUAGCAUAUUAGCAGUCAACCACCAGGUCAGGCGAGAAUCAUUACUUAAUAAAAAUCAUACAAGUUUAUGAUUUUACUAAAGGACAUCUUCCUCUCCAGUUGAAUGCAACUUCUUUUCCUGAAUAUCGCUUCUUGUUUUCUUCAUACCUGGUCUGAAAAAUGUAAUUUUGAACCUCAUACAAGACUGUAUAAAAAACUAUAUUUAUUUCAUGCUGUUUUAAGUUGACAAAGUGCAAUUUCAGUCAUAAGUACCACCAAUUUAGUGAUUCUCUCCAUCCAUCUAUUUGUCCAUCCAUCAUCCAUCCAUCUAAUUAAAGUAUGUUUUAUGACUCAACCCAGUUUGACUGGUAAACACCAAAAGAAGUUUUGAAACCAACUAUCCAUUAAACUUCCAUCCAUCCAUUGUCUAGCAAUUAUUCAUCCAUCCACCCAUCCAUCUAUCCAUCCAUCAUUUCAUCUGUCCAUUUAAACAUCUAUCCAUCUAUCAUCCAUCCAUUGACUAUCAAGCCAUUAUCCAUCCAUCCAUCCAUCCACCCACUCCUUUCUUCAAUGUUUGAUCAUUUUAUCCAUCUUUUAUGCAUCAAUCAUCCAUCUACUUAUUCAUCCAAUUUAUCUAUUAUAUUGGAAAAUAAUGGACAUCCAUCUUUUUAUCCAGCCACCUAUCCAUGUAUUUAUCAAUCAAUCCAUCCAUGUAUCCAUCUAUCCAUUUAAUCACCCAUUCAUCCACCUCUAUUAUCCAUCCAUCUAUCUAUUCACCCUUUUAUCCAUCCAUUUAUCUGCUAUAUUGGAUAUCCAUCCAUCCAUCCAUCCAUCCAGUUACUUAGUGUGUUAGUUUGUUCCCUUCAGUGCAAAGAAGUUAUGGCUGUACUCCAAUUGCCUUCAGAAGCUGCAGGUUCUUAACCCUCUCUCUCUAAGGAUGGCCGACCACACUCUAGAAGAAUCUGAUUUUGGCCGUUUGCAUCCACAGUCUGAGCGUGACCAAAUUCUGAUAACCACCAAACUGGAAGGAUCCAUUUUUAGAGGCUUUCAGAUGGUGUGAUGACAUGGUUGGAGUUGUGCUCAAGGAUUUCCUCACCACUGAAUCUGAUAAGACUGAUGCUGUUUAUUUUUUCUCUUUUCGUGAGUGUGGUGGUCGCUGCGCACACUUCGCUGAGCAAACUGCUUUUUCUUUUUGUGCCGCUCUAAAGGAAUUACCUUUCCUCAACGGUCCAGAAUUUGUCUCCAUCAGCAUCAGAAACUUGAAACCUAAAGAUGGCUUGGUUUAGGCCUCAGUCCUAAAAUUAAAUUUCCUGCUCUUGAUGGAAACCCCACUUUGGCGUUCUUAAAGUUAUAAAUAACCAGAUCUCAAGGUAGGACUCAAAACUUUAAUCUGUUCUUGUAUUUAAGAUGAAGCUCACAGGCCCGCUGUCAUGUGAAAAUAAUUUACCUUAACAGCUUUUUUAGCAGUCCUUUCUUUUUCUCACACUACAUCUGUCAAGCCACACAGCCGGCUGUAUCCCCCUGAUGUUUAGUCUGCGGUACACUGAUAUUUUGACAGCGGUACAAAAACACAGUGUUUCACCUAUGUUUGUAUGUUUGGCUGACAGCCUAAAGCGAUAGCAAUCUCAUGCUAGUAUUGAGGAUGGAAGUGAGGGCACUCCGCCUCGGCCAGGAUGUGAGCUGCUGAAAAGCCAGCUUGUAAUGAAUGUCUUGUUUGGUGAAGUUUUCCUGCACCUGCACCUGACCUCAGAUGGCCUGGGAUAUGGACCAUGUUUGGCUUCGCUGCUUCGGUGUAAGUGAUACACUGUGAUAAGUAAAUGAGGCAUCCGUGGAGGGUGUGUGAGCAUUUCGGAGCUCUCUAACCACAUGUGGGAUUCGCCGAGUCCCAGUUCAUAAAUCCCACCCAUACCUUCAUGCCUUCAUACCUCCUUGACUAAAGAUCCAUUGUCCUGCUCUCUGUUUUGAGGUAUGUCUUUCGGUAAGUUGAACCCAAACAAAGUCAUCUCUCAGCGGAGCUCGUUGAAAUAGCUCUCAAUGAGGGGAUCCAGUGGAAAUGCAGGGUUUGCCUUCUCUGAAGAGGGUACACAGAAAGAGAAGUUGUUCAUUAGACGUGACUAACAAACUGCCGUGUUUGCCCAGCGGUCGCCCCCGACAGGAUAUUUUGGAAACCCGUGUUGACAGAUCUUCACAAGUGUACCGUGAGAGGCUUGUGUGGCAGCAAUUGUUCUCUCAGUAGGGUUUGAAAGCAGUUAUCAGUGCAAAGGUUUGCUUUUCCUAAGACUGGAAAGUCUGAGGGAACCUGCAGAUGCACAAAAGUACGGUGGGAAACAGACUCAUUUAUUUUCCUGCUUUACAGAUGAAGUGAGGCAGAGUGGGAACGACACAGGUAUGUAAAAUACAGACGCUCCGGCAGAGACAAUAAAUACCUCUGCGAAAUUCAAUUAAACACUCUCCACGAAGAUGCUUCAUCCGUGAGAGGAAGGAAAUAAUGUUGCCGCCGUUUCUGUUGACUUUGGCGAUGAGACUCUUAGCCUGGAUUCAAGUAAAGGCUUUUAUUUAUGGCUGCCCCUUCAGUCUAAGUCUGGAGUCUGCUGGGAUGGUUGUAAAUAUUGAAACAGAUUGGGUCGAAGUGUUUUCCCUCCACCUUUUCACUUUAACGUACUUACAGUUUUUGCGGGAUUGAUUAUUAUCCCUGAGAGUAUGAGUGAGCUAUAUUUUGGUAAGUUUUGCAUGUUGCGCUCUGGAUUAAUAGUCUCUCACGAUCAGAUGGUUGAACCCUCUCCUGCUUUUUCAGCUUUAUGAUGUAGAGCCGAGCAGCUAGUCCCAGAGUUCAAAAAUGAAGCUAAUCCUGCAGUUGGAAAAAAACUGCAAUUCCUUUAAUGUCCACUUGAGGCAUGCUCCAAAUGACACUAAAUCCUGUUUAGCUUCAGUAUUAAACAUCUGUUAAUCAUAUUUGCAGCAUAUUUUAAAAAAAAUCAUCAGCUCGUUUGUCUUAAAGUGACAGCAGCACAGGGAAUUACAGUAAUUUUGUCAAGUGCAUCUAUUUCAUUUGUUUUCAGAGCUAAAAGUUUCACAUAAAUUUGGAUUAUAAUGGGUCUGUAUUGGCGCUGUUUCUUGCUACUUUUUGUUAUGGUUCAGUACAGGAAACCCUGAAUUUGGUAGGUACCCUGGCACACUGGAAGACUGCUGGUCUUGGCAGUCUUCCUCAGAGGCCGGAAUCUAAAGAAUAAAAGACUUGCCUAUUUAUUUCUGCAAGUUAUGCACAGAUCUCAGCUGAAAUGUCCAGAAAAAUAAUCAUUUAGAAGCUGUAUUGGUUUUCUUUCACUUGCAUUUAUAUCACAUGCAUUAAAAAUAUAUCACAAAAGCACAUCUGUAAUACUUAAAGAGAAAAAGCCUGAUCCCUUCUUUCUUUGGAGGGACCACUCUUGCAUUCACACAAUGCUUUUAUUUUGAAGUUGUGGGGCAAGUGCAAGUUAAAAAUGUACAUAAAACUAAGACGUAAUUUAUUAAGUUCCAUAAUUGUGAUGAUCAAAUAGCAUCAGGUUAGAAGAGAUUCGACUCAGGGUGCUAUGAUAUAGGAGGGUAUGGUGGGUUAUUUGGGUACACAAGUAAUUGUACACUGUGCCAAACCGCUCGAUGGAAAUGCAGCCAAGUCCAUGUUUUCUACAGUCUGUGUGUUCAACAAGAUGAGACUGGAUGGAGAGGAUUUAUCGUUCUGCUUUAAAUUAAACUGAAGAUGUAAACCACUGUCCCAAAAGUGAAUAAAACAUGACUUAUUGAAGAGUAUUCAUCCUGAUCCCUCUUCUUUUUACCUCUUGUCUCAAACUGGUGAGAAAACAUAAAACUAUUCCCAAACUAGACACAAACACUUUGACCUUACACACAUUACUUCACAGGGAGUACAUUGACUUGGAUCAGGGUUAUAGAAAAGAUGUUUUUCUUCUACGUUUUUAUCCCACUGACCUCCUGAUGGCUUAGUCACUGAAACUCAAGCUGUGUUUUCUUCCAAACCACAGAUCUUUAUGUCAAUUUUAGUGGAAGAUCCAAAGUUUCCAAAGAUAUCACGCAUGUCAGACUAAAUUUAGGGAAAAAUGAUGCAUGAGACAAGCGAGGUGUUUCCAGCCAGAAAAACAAGGUAAUUUUGGUUUGAGGAUUUCUCACAUAUACCUUCAACAACAAGCUGGAAAAAAAGGAGAGAGAAUCCGUGUGAUACCGUCGGGUCCUGUAGAGAAACUAAUCUUGAUUAUUCAGACGUAAAAGCUGCGAAAUGAAUGGAUAUACAAGGUUGGAGAUUUGUGACAUGUUUUGGUGUAUUUUCCCCCUGUGAUACCUCCAAGUUUUUAAGGGAUUUGAGUCUUUCUGCUACUAUUCCUCAUCGUUUAAAAUGAGUCUCUGCAGGACUGUGGCGGUGUAAAAUUUAGGGCUCCGAUCAGACUUUUGGACUCAGCAGUAAUUGGACCUCUGUCCCUUUUCUCUCUUCACAGCUUAGCCCCAGGUUACUGCCUGUCUGCAGUGAUACACAGAGGGGUGUAAGGGCAGAAGGACCACAAUACCCACUCAGGGACAAGCUGUCAGAGACCCUGUAACUCUAUCCUCUUCUGGAACCACAGCGCUGGGUGUUUUUAGCUGCGCUGUAUCACUGGGAUUCAACUCUCGGGUCAUUUGGGGCGAGUUUUUCUGAGAAAUUACUUCAUCGAUUAAAGAGCGGGAGUCAGAGUAAUGCUCUGUGAAGUUCAUGUUAGGUGGUGGUUUGAGUUUUUAAGACUCCCACAGUGAAGAAGGCUUUCUGGCUUCAUUAAUAGUAGUGAUACUGCCCUCAAGUGGAUGCAACAACUGUUAGUAGUGAAGCACCCAGAUGUCAGAGGACACUAAAACAUACGGAUGAUGAAAAGAGGUUGUAAAAAAAUUCUAAAUGUUCUUGGCCACUCGGGUUAUGGUAGCUGGUGUGACUCUAACAACUCUUUCCAGGUCUCUUGGCUCAGGCGCCGCGCCAAGCUUUUCCAUAAGCUGUUUUCCAAUCAGGACCCGGCGCUGUUGGCAUUUCAUGAAGGGAGCAGAGGUGGGAGCCCUUAGCAGCGCUCCUCAGGGCUGCGGAUCUGCAGGGGAAAUGACAGAGGCGUACAAAUUGUCACUGUAAAAGGUCCUAAUUGGCUGAAACCUUUGAGCUUCAAAGCGGGCUCUUCUUGUGUGGCUGGAGUGCCGCUGCGCCGCUCCCCUUUAGAUGGAAAGGUUGAUCGCAACUGUGGCAUUUAGGAGAAAAGAGAGUUAGGGGAUUGCUUAUUGUGUGGUCCGUGGAUGAUUCCCUCCCCCCUCCGCUUCCUAGCUUGCUCUGUUUCAAAGACCUGUCGCCUCUCAGCUUGUCGAAAUCCUCCUUUUAAACAGUAAGCAAAAAUCGAGGCUAAUGGUUGGAGUUCCAUUCCCAUGAACUUGUGGUUUGAAACAACAAGCCUGUUGCAUGUGUUUGUGCAUUCAAACACAUGGGACUAAUGGAAAACAUUUCACUCUCCCUGUUUAAUGAUUAUGUAUUGCAUUGUUUAUAUUUUGAAACAAUGCUGUCACUCCAUGUCUUAAUACGUCUUGCCUCUUGGACUGGAAUCAAGGUUCUUGAUGCGUAAAGUAAAAAUAAAAUCCCCAGAACUUUCUCCAUCUAUGACUCCUAUGCUGUGGUAUUUUUCCCUCGACACAGUUUAUAUAUAACUUGCGAACAGUCUCUAUUUUUUUGGAAGUGAAGUCUGUCAAGAGAAACUAUAUAAAUGUCAUCUGGGCCACCAAGGGAUUUGGAUGCUUCAGUAAUCGAAGAAGCAGAGGUUCUGCUACGUGUGGAAAAGAUGGUCGAAUUCCAAAAAUGUAAAUGUGUCGCUUUCCUGUUUAAUAUGGCGUACAUAACCGCCGAUGGUCCAUACAAUAAUGUGGAUAGAUGAUGGUACUUUUGGCUGGGAAAUCCUAUAAGUCCAGAUUUGUGGCAGUUAACUAUUUUGAAGUGGAAAUUGAGGCUCCCUCACGUCUAAUAAUAUUCGAGUGAAACUCGUAAAAACAAGCUCCUCUAGAUUAAAACGAUGUGAAGUACCCUCCUGCUGGCGAAGAAAAUUUCAGUGUUUGGAACAAAUGAAGAUUUAUUCAUUUCUAUGAAAGGGUCAGAAGCACCUUCUUGCUCAGUUUCCUCUGUUAAUAAGCCUUGUGGGUUUCAUCUCAAAGACUCAAUCAGGCUCUCAGGGUUACCUCAUGUCUGUUCAGAUUCGGCGCUAAAAAUCUGUUUGUUUUAACAUGAGCGUCUCUGCCAACUUCCUCAUCUCCCUAUUCUGCUGGAUGACACACUCGGACAUUGAAAACCAUUGACGUAGUUCAGUCUGGAGCAGGGAUACAAUGAUCACAGAUUUUGAUGGUCAGUUUCUGUCAUUCAAGCCCUGUUGUGGGUCUCGGCACUGAAAGUUCUCCAUGAGGGAAAAUCACAGGAGUCACCACUUCACUAAUAAAGCGACCUCACAUCAAGACUAGUCUGCAAAAGUUAGGACUUCAACUCCAAGCUGGGUCUAUGUGGCCAAGCAUAUCCCACUGCAGUCAACCAGGUACCAUCAUGGGUCAAAAUGUUGAGUGGCUAAAUGUCAAAUACAACAAAAACUAUAUUGGUCAAAAUUAGGGUGUUGACGCAGAUAAAUCCAUCAUCAUGAUUUUCCUGAUUGAAAAUUUUAACUCAGUUAACCCACUUUCAGCGCAGACUGACUCUAAAUCCCUGAAACGUCUCUGGCAGCGCGUUUCAGAUGGUUUGUCCAAGUAGUGUUAGCAUCGCGCAAAUGGGCUCUUGAUCCGGCAGUGACAGGCUCAAAGACAACUCAAUAUGGAAGAUGCUAAACAGUCCGUUGGCCCUCCUGAUGGGAAAUUUGAGUACAAAAAAAAAACAUGAUGGAACAAACAUAAAGUGUUAUACACACUCUGCAGGAAGGAGUUUUACUUUCACUUCCAGAGUAAAAUACCACAUUUACGUGAAGCAUAUGUUAGUCUGAGAUUCUGCUUGCACUCUGACUUCAAUGAAUGAUAUUUAAUCUUGAUUUAUCAAACUUAAUCUGAUCAAAAAUUCUAAUGGUUUGGCAGCACAAGUCCAGAUAUUCGUUGUUGUGCCCUUGAAAUAGAAAAGAAGGGGUCGUCUUGUACAGGAAAGGCAGUAAAAGGGUGACUCUUGUACUGGCAAAAGGAGGAGGAAGAUUGAAGGUCAACUGGAGCUUGUUUACAGCCUGUUUGCACCCUCGAGUUGGUCAGGGUGAAGUUGAGAGAAGUUUACACCACACUGAGCUGCAGGGGAGUUCUGCUUGUGUUGGUUUUAUAGAUGGAAAUGACCAGUGAAACAGCAGCACUGAAAACGAGGACAGUAUGUCCUUAUUCUACACAUGAUGUACCAACCCGUGUUUGAGAGUGACAGGAGAAAGACUCGCCGCUGCAGAGUCUUUACGAUAAAGCAUGACAUUUUAAAGUGCAACUAAGGCCAGAGCCUGUUAAUCCCUGCCUCUCUACGCUGGAGGUCAUGGACUUUGAAGCUCUGAACACACGCAAAUCCCUCAACGAUGACAUCCCACUUCUUUGUUUCUGUACGCCUGAGGAUGCACUUGUACCCUUAUAAAGGCUCUGCCAAGUCCAUGCAUGUGUUCUGUCUUUAAUAUACAUAAAUGCUAUCUCGUGAGCCACAACACAUGAAUUUUCUCCCUCGGAUGUUUGCGUGCCCGUAACAAUGAGUCAGCAAGCUGCUUGUUUGGAAGCUGCUGUAUUCACCCUGGAUGGUCCUCAGUGGAAAGAGGAGAUGAACGGAGCACCACCCCCGCCAACGGCAGCGCAGUCCAAGGUUCAGGAGUGGUGCCAUCCCUUGUCCGUCGAUACCUUCCCCUCACUGAUGAUCAGCCCUCACUCUCAGGUCAUAUUAAUUUCAGCCUGUGAGCUGUUCAAUAUGCAAAUAUCUUCGAGUUUGUUGUUGUUCGGUAACUCUACCCAUUUGUCGUGCUUUACCCUCGACCACAUUUGAAGCCUGAGUGGCAGUUGUGACUACUUAAAGCUGUGCCACGAGUCAAUGAAGACCUCGAGUUGUUUUUGUGUUUCACUGCGCAAGCAACUACUUGAUCUAAUAACGCUGCUCAAGAAGCAUGAUUCAUAUUUCAAAGACUACGUAUCUGGAGUGGAAAUAAUUCAGCUGAGAGGGCUUAGACGGGCUUAAAAACUUUUGAUCCUCCUUGGUGAUCUCGACUCGCCUCUUGGUGCUUGUUCGUGUUAUCUGGUGUGCAAACCUAACCGUAAGAGCUCUGUAAUAGAGUCAUUAGCUGUGGUUUAAUGCCCGUAGCUGUCUUGAGCGUGCCCGUGACAUCCAGAGUUUUCCGUGACUUUCCCGCGGUCCUCAUCAAUGCGCUUGGGUGGUAAUCAACCAAUGAUGGUGCUCAUCACAUUUAUCAUCCACCCGGCCUUGUUGCCUCUCCAAACACAUGUAACAUCUCAAAAUACUUUCCAUGUGAAGAUGUAGUUUGUUUUAGAUAAGUGUGGAAGGAAUGCUUUGAACUGGUGUAAACACAGAUAAGGCACAAUCAGAUUUUAAUAAGUCGUAGCUGUCUCUCUCACAGCCCGUAGACUGAUCAAGAUGUCUAAGACGUUGUGUUGACAGCUGAAUUUGUUGACUGCUUGCAGAUUUGCCCAUCUCUACAUCUAAUCGUGUUAUGGAUCAAACCGCAGAACAAUGACUCGGUUGCCUUAAAAGAAGAAAGAGCAAGAAAGCCUCUCUGCUUCUGCGUCACUCAGAUCCCUUUGAUUCUUCAAAGGUCUCGCCGGUUGUAAAUCUCAGUCGUCGAUGCAGACUGGAGAAUACCUCUGGAGCUCGUUCAAGGCGAUCGCUUUUUUGUUUUGCAUUCCCCCGUGUUUCUUUAAUCAAUGAGAGGCUGGAGUCGCUGAUCUGCGCCUCAGUGCCUCAGCUCCCCUCUUCAGUAGGUCGGUGUGGAAAAUCCAUGUCAUCUGACUCCCCCCGUCCGCUGGUUCUGAUUAGGGAGGAGUGCUCCAGGAGUUCUGAACGCUGGGGUCUCUCGCUCCCAUUAACCACGGUCAGGCCCGAUUCCACGCUCAUCGCUCUCACACCUCGUCACAUUACCGUCCAGCCGCUGCACAAACGGAGCUGUUCGGAGCUGGCCCGUGAAGCUCGACUAUAACUUCAAGAAACGACAGAGUGAGGGGAGAGCUGAUUUUCCUCCUGGUGAUCAUACACUCGGCUCCAAAUGCGUCCUGCUUCUGACACCCUCUUCAAAUGCAAAAUGAGUUUAGAGGCCAGUUCUUAAGUCAGGCUUGAUUUAAUGUCCCAAAUCACAAAUCACUGUUUCUUUGACUCUUACUGGGAUAUAUUUUCAAUAUGUUUUAAUAUUUCUUUUUGCAGAACAUUAAUGUCUUUGUGGAAGGCCUUUUUGAGCCCUCUCAUAUCAUUGGAUUUCACGCCUCAGAAAACCUGCCUUAUGAGAGCUGGCUGUUAAAAUUGCUUCUUCACCCAGAGGAGAAAGUGUGAGAUUGGGCGCUGGUUUUAUGGUGAAAAGUAAAACUAAGAACAAAUGGAAGGAUAAUUGUGAGCUUUUACAACUUGGUUUCAGUUUUUAUAGAUCGGUCCCUUGUAUUUUUUGUCAAAGUAAUAUCCUUUUUUCACUCUUAUUGAGGGAAAAUAGAGUGGAUAAUGUUAGUAUAACAGCCUACCGGUUGUGUGGUGCUGUUCCAGGCCCCUGGUGUUGUCCAGUCUGGCUCGCUGUCAGGACUUACUGGAGCCAAUAAUUGAAACAGGGCCAUCAUGACGUCACUUGUAACACCAGGGCUUUUACUGUUGAAUGUUACAGAGGCUGCAGUGGAAAAGGUCAAUGACUGAGAAUUCAUCAAUAAAGGGAAAUCCGAUGUUUGCUACUUUUAGAUGCAGGUGGUGAAAGAUUUGGGUAGAGAAGAUUGUUUGUGUCUAAAAUUGUAGGGAAGGGAAACUCUGGGUGACAUGAUAUAAUCAGGAUACGAUACAAUACAGUACGAUACGAUACAAUACAAUACAAUAUCCAAUACGAUACAGUUUUAUACCAUACGAUACAAUAUUAUACGAUACGAUACAAUACAGUAUGAUAUGAUACAAUACGAUACAUGCAGUACAGUACAAUACAAUACAAUACAAUACAGUAUAAUACGAUAUCCGAUACAAUAUGAUAGAGUAUGAUAUGAUAAGACACGAUACAAUAAAGUAUAUUAUGAUAUGUUGUGAUACGAUACAAUAUCUGAUAUGUUACAAUACAGUAUGAUACAAUACAAUACAGUAUAAUACGAUAUGAUACGAUACUAUACAAUAUCCAAUACGAUACAGUAUGAUAUGAUACGAUAUGAUUCAGUAUGAUAUGAUAUGAUACGAUACAUAGACACAGUGUGGUACAAUACGAUACAAUACAGUGUAAUACGAUUUGAAACAAUACGAUGAAUACGAUAUCUGAUAUGAUAUGAUACAGUAUGAUAUGAUAUGAUCCGAUCUGAUAUAAUACAGCACGAUACGAUACGAUUCAAUACAGUAUGAUAGGAUAUGAUAUGAAACGAUAUCAGAUACGAUAUGAUAGAGUAUGAUAUGAUAAGACAUGAUAUGAUACAAUACAGUAUAAUAUGAUAUGACAUGAUACGAUACGAUACAAUAUCUGAUAUGAUACAAUACAGUUUGAUAUGAUAGAGUAUGAUACGAUACAAUGGUGUAGGAGACUUGUGUGAUAUGAAUGUGAUAUUCUAGGGUGGGCUUGAAUGAUUGUACAGCUAUGUUCACUGUCAGUUACCACAGCUGAGUGUUUUUCUGUCGGUUUUUCUCUGCAUCCUUUAGUCAAAAUAACAGCGAUAAGAGUCUCAUGUUAGCACUCACCAAAAAACCAAAGGGACAAAGUAGUCUCCUUGAUGUCUGCAGAUCUUGAUUGUUGAAGGAGUGCUCUUAGUUAUGUUGUAUAAGAUUAUUUUAUUAUUAUUAUAGUGUUUGUUAAAGUCACUAUAUAGCAGAGGUUGUCCAUUAACACCGUUAUUCAGAAGAGCUUGGAAGUGACAGUCUCUUUUAACUACCUACACAUAUAUUUUAAAGUAUUUUGAUAUUCAUCUUAUGAAUAUCAAAGGCUAUUUUAUAAUUUUCUCAUUUAUUUAAACCAGGUUUGUCAGAAAUAUGAAGUCUGCUAAGAUUUUUUUCAAACAUGAGCUCGGGAAACAUUCAAGAGAUUUCUGAAUAUUUCAUGUAGGGGUGCACGAUUACAACAAAAUUAUAAUUGUGAUUACUUUUAAAGAUAUAUCGAAUGGAAUAAUCACAUUUAUUCAUGAUUUUAAAGAAUUUUUUUUAUUCUGUCUCACCACAUCCCUCUGCUUCACUAACACACACCUGGGCCUUUUGUUACCUAUCUGCUUUUCUGAUGAUGUUUCUAAUCACCCCUAAUCAAUAAAUAAUCACAUACCCUGAUUGAGGUUAAAACUUGAUUAAUCAAGCAGCUCUAAUUUUACGCUAUUCCGACUUUUUCUCACCCUAACCUCAUUUGUAAAUUUGACCAGGAGGAGCAGGAAAAUGUUUACGCGGGAAGAUUUUCAGUCCGUGUUCACACAUGCAGCUCAUCUUAAAAAUUUUGGUGAGUUUUAUGCAUGUAUGAAAGCGGCUUCAGAGACGUUUUCUACAAACUUCUAGAGCUAAAGUAGUUGCAGAGCUGUAGUGUGUGAAGCGUCCUCAAUGCGGGAACAAAAAUCAGUCCCAGGCGUCGCUCUCCUCUUUUCUUCUUUGUGGUUUACGUCUUUCUUCUGUUCUCAUUGUUUUACAUCUUUCAAAGUUUCAAGAGAUGAAAUUAUUUGUUAUAUUUUCUCCCUCAUGCAUGCUUCUACAUCAAAAGCUGAGUCACAAGCCUUAUUAUUACCGAUUUAUGAAAAAAUCCAGGUAGAGCAUGAAGCAUAAAUCUGUUCAGGGGGGAACGGGACUGUGGUUAAAACAAAGUAAAGCUCCUUGAACUGCAGCCGCUUUGAAAGAUGGAAAACAGGUCAUUCUCCGGCUUCAUCCAGAAACUAAAUCAAAGUUGGGAGUCACUGUAGCCGAAAGAAUGAAGUCAGGGGAGUGAAAACCAUUAAAAGCGCAUUGUGCAGGCGGUCUGCUGAGAAGAAAGAGAUACAGAAGAGAGAAAUCACGAAAGCAAAACAACCACAACAGUGGAGUUAGCUUUAAAAAGAACAGACGGAGUGGAUGUAUGCAUGCGUGUGGUUCAGCGUAGCUCUGUCCAAUAUCAUGCACCAUAAAUCCCAAAGUAGACCUUCAGAGGGCUCGCCAUUAACGCAGAUUUGGGAGAAAAGAGAGCUGAAGUGGCUUUAUUCUGCGGUGCUUGUUUUUUUCCCUGGAGAUUGCUUCCUUCUGUUGAUUGAACAAGCUGUGAAAUAACUCUGGAGACACGAAUAAUCCUCCACCAGAGAUUAAAUUCAAUCAGAUGAAAUGUGGUGGGUUCAGAUUAUGUCUUUGUUGGGCCUCAAAGGGGACAGAAGAAACCAGAUUUUGCACCCAUAAGGGGGCAUCUUUCUCCAAAGCUGAGGUGUAGUUUGGACGUUUUAUAAAAGUGUCACUAUUUUAAAGAAAACAGAAGAAAAUCGAACCCUUCCAGACUUCUUCUUUCACACCAAAUGUCAUCCAUGUUUGAACUCUCUCAUGCAGCCUGCUGCUAACUUUUGCCAUAACCAAAAGUGGAACAGCAUGGCGAUGGUUUAACUCUGUGUCCUUCUGGUUGGCAGUCUCAUAAACGGGAGUGCAAACAUUGGCCUGACUCAGGCGAAGUCGUGACUAUUAAAUAAAGAGAUAAACAUGAACAAAUGUGAAUCUGCGUGAGGAUGUCUCACUUUGUUAUUGCAGGAUCUGACUACUGAGCUCACUUAUUAAACAUGGUGGUAGCAUGUCUGAUUGUAAUUUUGUGUCGUCUGACUAACCGACUCCCUGUCUCUCCUCCUCUUCUAUAUCUUUCUCCUUCCAGGACACUGAGCAGUGGGAGAGGUCAGUGUUAAAGGCGGCGGAGAUCACGUCAGCUCUGAUCCGGGACAGGACUCCUGCACUGGUGGGGCAGCUUCUGCAGGCGUGACGGAUGCAUCCCUGAGAGUCGACUUAACAAGUACUGCAGGAACGAGUUUGUUUAACGGUUAAAAUUCAUCCGGGGUCAUUCAAGGAUAAAUUACACACUUGGUCCUGCACAGCAAACAUGUUCUGGGACAUUUAAGCAACAGGGUAAAAUAACUCCAGAAAUCAAGAGUCCUACACUUCCCAUAAUGCAUUAGUGUCUGCCAUUAAAUCUGUCUGUGUGGUCAACACCCAAAUCACUAAGUUCUAACCUUUAUAGACUUCAUAUCCAAGUAUGACGGCCAUCUUUCUAUGACGGUUCAGGUAACUCAGCUAAUGUUACAAUGUCUUAUUGUCGUAUUCAAGGCUGAAAAUCCUAAAAAUGUAAAUAAUUUGAUAAAUUGUCGACACUUAACUGCUCCAUAUUUGAAUAGAGGGAAUGAAAACGACAGGUCAUACCUUUAAUUAAAAAAAAUCUUUAACAGCUAAUUUCUGGUGAGCAAUUACAUCUGAAAUCACAGAGAGGCAAAGUGUCUGCACAAGAGUAUUUAUAGUUUUAUACCUGACUCCUCUGUCAGUGCUAAUCUUAAUGUUGCUGAGUAUAAAAACAUCAUGUUUACCAUCCAAUAACACAAUAAAAACAGGUGCUGUUCAAAGAGAAUAUCAGCCUCAGUCCACAAGUUAGAUUUCUGAUCUCGUCACUAGAUUGAUGUUCACAUACAUCCCUGAUGAUAAAGGUAGAAUCAGUAGGUGACUUUGUUUACUGCUGACUUUUGGUCAAAUGGCGGUUUGUCGUUAUGGUAACAGUCUAACAGUCAACUGGUUACCAAAUGGUUGUAUUUCUGCCCCGCUAAUGACGAUCUCAUCGGUGAUGGAUCCUGAAGUCCUGUUUCGAGGGCUGGUAGAGGCACUGAUGAAGACGUAGCUGCACACAUGGCAGCACAAACGGCAACAAAAAACAGAAAGAGGCAAAUUUUAAAUGAUCAUUAACAAACAGGAAUGUCCUGAUCCGAUAUUGAUAUCGGAUAUCGGUCUGGUAUCGGCCAAAAAAUAUUGGCCCCCAUGUAAAAUCUCCAAUGUCAGCACUUCAAGGAGUAGAAGUGAUGUCGACCGUGAGGCAGUAUUUUUCGUUAAAGUCGGAAAGGAGAAAGGUGUUGCUGCUGAGUGCAAAACUUGUCAUGCACAGUUUUGCACCAGUAUCGGAUCAAUAUCGGUUUCGGCCAAUUUUGAAGGCUACAAUAUCGGUAUCGUAUCGGAAGUGAAAAAGUUGUAUCCAGACACCUGGAUUAACAAAUGAAGCAGUUUGAAAACUGAGUCCUGACCUUUAAACGUGUCCUACUGUAUUAAUGACUGAACAAACUGACUGAAACACUAAAGUAUGAAUGUGUGAUCUUCUAUUUUUAUAUGGAAAUAAAAAAAAGAUUUGAAAAUGAAAA